GGAAGUGUUUUGUCUGGCUCCCUCUGGCUGGAAGCUGAAGAGAGCAGCUCCAACUCCUGUAACAUCUCCUGUUUAUUGGAUAGAGGUAAAAUAAUGCUUUUCUUUAUCAAUGAAUAUGUUUGAUGUUGUCUUUGAGUAGGCUGACAGUAAUUUCAUGUUAUACUUUCUUCCGUGUGUGUCUUUGACUGAAUUGCUUCAUUGUUUACAUCCGACCGGCUGCUCUGUUGCUCAUGAACACGUGGACUGUCAGGGAGAGACACAUGCUAACCAGGAGCUGCUGCCUUGUGAAAGUAACUUGCUAUAAUCACAGCUGAGUGACUAUAUCUUAUGUCUAUCUGUAUUUUGGGAACAGUUAAGCUGUAGUAUCGUGAUAUCAGCCAAAUUCAGAGCAAACAUGUGCCUCAUCCUCCAUGCUAGCUCGUUAGCAUUAAGCUAGGUACAACUUAAAUCAGCAAUGGUGUGUGCAAACUAACUCCCAGAUCUCUGCUGAUUGCUUACAUAAUGAUAAACACCUUCAGACUUUUAGAGUCAGUGAAUCCAUUUUUACCUCGCAUUCUCUCAAUGCAAAUAAUAUGAUCACAUAUAUGUGUUUGUUUAUAGCCACAAAUCCAUUCACCAACACAUAUCCUCAGCUGACACAUUUUUCAUUCACUUCCGUUAAGGUCGGAACUACUGGGAAAAUCAAUCAUGUUCAGCUCCCUCAUUAAGAUUGUUGAGACAGAUUUUAAAACUCAUUAAAAAAGAUUUUGAUUAUCUGCAAAACAUUCAAGCUUUAUACUUGGUUGAAAAUAGGGCUGGACGAUAUGGGAAAAAAGUUUAUCACAAUAUUUAUUUUCAUAUCAGUUGAUAUCAGUUUGUAUCACGAUAUAAAAAAAUCACUUGUCAAUCUCAAAUGUUCCGUUACUCUUGAAUGAGAUUUAACACAUACUCGACAUAAUUUGCAGUGCAUAAUACUCUCACCGACCUCAAAAACCAAAAUACCUCCACACCACCAAUGUUUUCAUGCCAGUGUUGUCACCAAUGUCGUCAUCCGUUGAGCCUUCAUCUGCAUUUCUGCCGGGGGUAGCAGUCAUUAUUUUUUUUCUUACCGACAGUGCUGCCGGCUUCACAUGUUAAAGUGCUAUGGUGCAGCCUGCUAUUACGCAGUUUUUUUGCUACUUCGUUCUAAUUCAGCACAUGAUUGGUUCAGCGUGGCGCGACCUGGAGCAACUCCCCUUUCAUUGGCUAUUUGUAUAGUCAAACAAAACAUGACAGAAUGCCGACCAUUGAAAAGGAUAUUGACCGUGUUUUAUUUUGAUAUUGAGGGAAAUUGAUUUUUGAUAUAUAUCAUUAUGGUUUUACUGCCCAUCCCUAGAAGAAAAUAGCUCGUAAAAACAGCACACCAGUUGUUGAAUGUAAAAUGUUUUAUUGUUCUUUAAAAGAGAAUAUGCUUAUUGCUAAUUUGAUGCCUGCAGUGCAUUUCAAAAUGCAGAGAUUUUCUACUUUUCACUUUUCUACUAACAAAUUAGGUUAGUUUGUCACAGGUCAGUAACCUGACUGAAUAUCAGAAGGACUUUUCAGAAAGGUUGAGUCUCUAAAGUAAGGGUGGGAAGUGGUUUACCAAUAUGUGAGAAACAGCAUGAGAAAAUGGUCAAACAACCCCACUGUUAGUUUCCUCAUUGUCAAUUUACAAAAAAUGUGGGGAUGUUAUGGUCUUCCGUAUGUAGCAUAAUUAAAAGAUUCAGGAAAUCUGGAAAAAUCUCUACAAAAAAGAACAAGGCCAGUAUGGGAUGGCUACGUCCUUCGGGCCUCAGGCAACACUCAAGUGAAGUCCAAGAUGUCUCUGUAGUGGAAAUCACCACCUGCUCCCAAAAAUCUUUGUCUUUGAACACAGUUUGUUGCUUCAUCUACAAAUGCAGGUAAAAACUGUACCAUGAAACACAUACAUUUUUUUUUUACUCAGGUUAGUUUAGUCUUACCAUGUCCUCUGUCUGAGCUGUAAAUAUUUAUUGUUAUUUAAGACUGCUAAUAAUUGUAUGAAAGGUGAUUUUAUGCUUCAUGUAAUGCAGAUGAUCAGUCACUGUUGACCAAAUGGAGUCAAAUGAUGAAGUGAAGUUUAGUGCCAAUGUGACAGGAAAGGGCAGAAUUUUUCUGUUCACAGAGCCCUGUCAUCACUGACUUGAUGUAUCAGGAUGAAGUCUGGGCCUUUCCCUGCCACAUUUGUCUUCAUAGUAUUAUAGCUCCAAUACAUUUCGAAUGUCCAAGUCAGUCAAACAGUGAAAACCUACUCGAUUUGAUUUAUCUGCUCUUCCAUUUUAGCAUUUUUGCAGCUCGAGUGAAAAUUAGCAUGUUGUUCAGCAGUGUUGGUUGAUAAUACUGGUGGCAGAAAGAUGUAGAGCUGAGCUGCAGCAGCAAGUGACAAAAGAAGAAUAUCAGCAAUAGUUACUUGCCUUUUUCAAACUUUACACUGAACUCAGCUAUACCUGCGAUCUCUUUUAAAGUAGCCAUAACAUUCCCAGUAAGCCAUGAGAUGGAGAUUAGCACGGUACCAGGACCCUGAAAAUCACGAGACAACUCCAGUUCAAUGAUUUCACUUUUUUAUGUUGUACUUUUUCUGUUCCUAAAAUAUUCUCUGUAAAAAAGCCUCUCACAGUCAUUAAGUCGUGAGUUGUCUCCUCCUUACCAAAUGCAACAAAGCUAACGGGAGAGUCUGGAAAUGUCAAUCAAACCCAGUCCAUAUAAACCCGUACAGUCCUGAGCAGAGCUUUGAUUGGGCGGAUUAAGUGAACACACCUGUGCUGCUGGACCAUGUCUGUGCUGGGGCUUUAAGCACUCCUACAUCCACCAGUGUAAAACACAGCCAGUCAUUUGUCAGCUCCAGGUCUCUGUGCACGGCUAAACUUCAAAACUGUCGCUCUCCCCCACCAGCCAGCAAGACUCUUCUUUCUGUCCCUUUUAAUCCCCGGUGGCCGGCUUGUGACCGUGUAGCGUGGCGUUUCUGCAGUGUGUGCGGUCUGGGAGCCAAUCAUCUUCAGCCAUCAUGGCACAGACACGCAGGACUGGACAGAGCAAUGGGCCAGUGCCCCUUCUUUGUCCAGUGUGUGUGCAUUUGUAUGUUUGUGUGAAAGAGAGAGUUAGAAAGACAGAUUUUGAAAAAUUGCAACAAGCUUUCUUUUGAGGAUGAUUUCUACUUCAAAACACUUACAGCGGACCCUCCAGACAGUUAAUAUAUGUUGACAUAACCACUUAACAGGUUGUAAACGCAGUUUAAAGGUUUUGACAAGCAGGAUACAGAGAAGAAAUUUGGGUACAGAGGAUCCAGACUCCCCCUUAACUUUGUUAUAAGCUCUCAUGGAUUCAAGAACAAGAGUCAGCUCUUUACACUUCCUCUUAUUGAUACCCCCUGUGUUCACUUAGGGGUCGCUUUCAUAGAUAAGAGUAGGAAUAAAGUUUUUACUGAAUUGACCUUUUUGGUAUUUUUGAUUGGAAGUGGUGUGAGGCUUCAGUCAAAUCAAAAAGGAUCAUUGUUUUCUGUCUCAGUAUCUUGAAAUGUGAUUAGAAGUCUCGAUUAAUUGGCAAAUACAAAGUUAAAUUUAUUCACAGAACGUAGCAGAAGUGUUCAUAAUUUCCUCUAAAAGCCCAAGAUUACAACUUGAACUAAAGCCACUUCAGACUUCCUGCCUCUGGCGUGCUUUUAUCAGUUUUUGAUUGUGAUUUUUAAUGCAUAAUGAUAAGAAUAUUCAGGUCAUUGUCCUGACUAAUUUCUUGUUUUUAUCUCUUCUUCACUGGUCUGUUCCAAGUGUGAUUGUUGUGAGGGUGUGUGCACAUGAGUGUGUGUGUUGAGUGUGUGUGUUAGGGAGAUGAACUGUAUAUACCAGGACCGGGAGGAGUUGGAGGAUGAUCUUUAUCAAGAGGAUGAAGAGAACUCUGAUGGGUCAGAGGUCAACAGCGAGUUGGAGUUCCAGCUAUACAGCCAGCUCCAUUACUCCGCCAAUGCCGGGGACAUCGAGGAGCUGGAGGGCAGAGGAGAGGAGGCAGACAUCCAGGGUGACCUGCAGCUCGACGUGUCAGAGAAGACGAGUGACGGAGAACAGGAGCACACUGGAGAAAACCGGCCUCAGUCACCUGAUGCGAGUCAAUUACAGCGAUACCUGAAGAAGAGGGAAGAGAAACGGAUCAAACAGAAGAAGGUGAAGAAUAGCCCGAAAGGUCAAAGGUCAUCAUCACUUUUUGAGGAAGUCAUUGUGAUUGACUCCGGCCCAGACGUCAUUUCCAUCUCUGAGGGAGACACUGCCGAAGACGACGAGGGUGUUUGUGCCUUAAAAGGUGGAGGCAGGCGACCGCUGCAGACUUCUACCCCUGCUGGACAGGUAGAGAGCCGAUCGAUCUAACACUAACACUGUGUUUGACUGCUUGUGUACAAUAGAAUGGAUCGUCUUUUAACUCUGCCCUCUUGGUUACUGUAAGCACAACUGUGUAGCUUGACAUUCACAGAGCACACGUAGAGCUGAAGUGAAUAGCAAUAGCUGCAUUUACAUGUGCACGUAUAAUCGGAAUAAAGGCCCGAUCAGAAUAAACAUGUGUCAUGUAAACAUGUAGAACGGAAGAUUCUGAUCCAAAUUCGUCAGAAUCAGAAAGAAAUUGUAUUCCGAUCAACAGGGGUGGUUUAUGCCGAUUGUUAUUCCGAAAUGCAUCCAUGUAAACACUUAUUCCGAUCAUGACUCUCUUACCUGACUCGAUCUUCACUCUUUAGCCUUUGGGUUAUUUAUUGAGGCAGUACAGGAGGUUUCAUUAUUAACACUCUUGCAUUAAACACAACCGCAGGUACCGUGUCUGCUCUUCUGGUAACAUAACAGGGCGUACAUACAGCGUAAUGAUGUCACAUCUGCACGCAUAGUGCAACCUUUGACAGAACAGUAAAAUAAGUACCCAAGGGCGCCAUCUGUUGACAACAUUUAACAGGGGGUAAACUCCUGAAUUGUAUGAAGUGAGCCACAACAGCGUUUGUAGGUUUGUUGACAGCACAGGCGUAAAUACAACUCUUCUUCUGUGGUUGUUUUAGUGAAAUCAGACAACUCUGCACGUGUCCGAAUUCUUCUAAUCUGAAUAAAACUUGAUGCAUGUAUACGUACGUCAUGAUCGGAUUAUUUGAUUUUGCACCCAUACAAAGAGUGGAUUCAGAUUAUCCAAUUCUUUAAAUUUUUAAUCGGAUUAAGAAAUUUUGCACAUGUAAACAUGGCUAGUGGCAGAAUUUCAACUCUUUCUAGAUGUAUUUUCAGCUAUAAUUUCUCUUCCCAUUUCUACUUUUGAGCGUCCAAGUGAAAUUCUGAGAAAAUGAAUUUUUCCUAACUGAUAGUAGAGUAAGGAAAGAACCAUGAUAGCUGGAUUAGAUAACUCUUUAAAAUCAAUAAAUUACAGUGGAUUAAUGAAAAGAUGAAAAUCCAGAUUUGAAAUCUUCAUGUAUUAAGAGAAUCGAAUCAGCAGCCACAUUAAGUCAAUAAUUCAAUCAUCUUAAACUGAUGGCAGUCAUCAAAAGUCUCAUGUCCAGGCAGGAUCUGAGCUCAUCCAUGCCUUCAUUUCCAGCUGAGUGGACCAUUGUAAUGGUCUCUUGUCUUGACUUACACAAAAACGAGAACUCCAGCUCACACAGAACCCCGCUGUAACUAUUCUUAGAAGAACCAAGAGGACUGAGUACGCCAUCUCUGGGCUUUAAUCCUCACACCGCAGCCAGUAACCCACUGAGAAUGCUUUUAUGAGCCGAGACCUAUAUGUUUGAAAGCAGUAAAUGAGGUGGUACUGUUCGCAGGAACCGAUCAGAGUGAAAACGUUCAUAGCUGCUAUUUUCCUUUCGAACAGAAGUGACUUUUUAAGAGUUUUAAAUGGACUUCUUACUCUAAAUUUCUAGUAGAUUUAAAACUUAUUGGAGUUGAAUUGAAUUUCUGAUGUAUUUAGUUUUUAUGUAACUUAUUUCAUCAUUUUUAAGUUAUCUUUUUCUGUCUUUAGCUGUUUUCUUACCUUUCUUUAAACUGUUAAUUUUGACAGGAUAUCUACCGCAAAACAAACCCCACAAACUAACUUCACUCACUUAUAAGAUCAGAGGUGUUUUUCAGACUCUCUUCAGAAAUGGACAAGUUAUUAUUCUGCUGCUGACUUUUGAGGGUGACAACGGUUGAUCGUUCAGUAGACUAAAAACACAAAAGGAAAGUUUUUGCAGCUAAAAAACAAAGUAAUAAGUUACCACUCUCACAAAGAAGUGGAAGAAGGUGAUCAGUUUUCAGAUCAAAGCAAUCGACAGAAGUUGAACUCCGUCUCUUUAGUUCGAUGAUAUCAGUCAAAGAGUGGAAAUGUUAAUUUUCUCUAACUUUGAAUUUUUGUUCUUGUUGGUUAUUUUGUUCAGUGAGGGAUGCUAAAUGAUGAAACUGAAAUCUAGAUCUUGGCGUCUUUUAUUAACGCUCCUCUUUGUUUGGUUCUCCAGGGGACCAAGAAGAGAAAGCAGGGUCCAAACGGGCCUGUGACUGUGGAUUCCAGCAGCUCAGAUUCAGAGGAGUCCGAAUCAAAGUCUAAGUCUGAGUCUGAGUCUGAGUCUUCAGAGUCUUCUGAUUCUUCGGCUUCCUCGGAUUCAGACGGUCUGGAGAACUGGAUGAUCCUGGGUCGGGAGAAGCAGGAUGGAGACCACUCAAUCUCACUCAACCUGGAGGGAGGGUCCAACAACACAGGUGUGUCUUUUGUAUGUGUGGCCUCUUCUACGCACAUGUGUAAUUCACUCUUAGUGUUUCGUGUAUUGUUCAGGCCUUUGUGGCAUUUGUGUGUGUGUGUGUGUGUGUGUGGCCUGGGGUUCAUAAUUUCCACAUGGUCCAGCUCAUUCAGAACACUGAACCCUACCUGCAGCUUGUCGAUAAGAAAGGGGGCAGAGGGGCUACACUGUGUGCAUGUUUGUAUGUACACACGCAGCGUCCAUGCCUGCAUGUUUACAAAUUUGUAAGCUCUUAGCAUUCCCGGCACCGUUUGCCGAACCCCCCCGCUCCUCUGAUGCAUCUUUAAGUGUGUUUGUGUGCGUUAUGUAUUGAUAUGUGCGUGGAGAGCUCGUGAAAGUGUGAAUAUUUGUGUUUAUAAAAUAUUCCGGUUUCUAAUCAGCAUGCAUGUGUACAUACACGCACAGACCAACAGUCAUAACACUAAUGCCAAAAACAAACAAACGGAGAGACAACAACGCAGGAGGAGAGGGGUAGGGGAGGUCGGGAGAGAUGGGAGUAAUCAAAAAAUGAAUAAAAAUGUUUUCUGCAAAUCUCUUCAGAUCUACACAUUAUCUUAACCUGCAGCCUCAGCAACCUCUCCAUCUCCUAUCCUGCUGCCCCUCCACCCUCCACCCCCUCACCCCACUCCUCUACCUAACGCUCUCCCAUCUCAUUCUUUUAUCCUAUUUUCUCACUAUUGUGCUCUCUUUCUCCCAAUCUCCCUCUGUCUCUCUCUGACUGUUUCCUCCUCAUUUGAAUUUCCCUUGGUUGAUGUUUCUGCAAGAGUGCUCACUGCCUCCACUACACACAACUGGGCUACAGGAGGGGGUCUGACUGGAGCUGGUGGGAAGGCUCGAGGUUUUUGGCCUGGUUUUGGGAGGAAAGGAGGAUUUUAGUUCUCUGUCUCUCUUCCCUUUUCAUGUUUUUCUUCCUCUCUCUCUCCCUCGUCUGGCUUCUCUCUGUGAUCCUUGGAGCUUGACCUCAUGUCUGCACAGGGGGUGUCAUGGGUGUGGUGUGACAGAGGUCUUAAAAUGGGAAGAAUGGGGGGUAGUCAGAAAAGGAAAUGAAGGCAAGGGAAAUCUGAGGGUCGAGUUUUGGAGCUAGGAACUGGAGUGAUACUAAACUGUAAUUGUUGGCAGGUUUGAGUGUUUUCACAGCAGAAAUACUGGCUGGAACACAGAUAUUUUUCUUCUUGUCAUGAAUCCCCUUUAGAGGUCAAACCAAAGAAAUGUCUGUGAUGGAGGGAUGGGCGAUAUGACAGAAAAUUCAUACCACAUUUUUUUUCAUGAUCGUGAUUUAUCAAAGUUUUUUAAAAAAUUUCCUUCUAAGACUAUUUUGCAAGUUACUGACCGCUAUAACCUAUCAAAUGUCCUUAUUUAAAAAGUAGAAAAAUACAGAAAAACAAUCAAGCCUAGAUUUAAAAACGUCUACAUAAAUCUACAACAUGGUACCCAUACAAGCUGAAUCUGCUUUAGUCAUUUAAAUCCACUUUCUUUUAAAAAACAUUUUUAUUCCACACGAUUCAUGUCAAAAAUGAAAAAGCAUUUAAACACUAUAAAAAUUAGAUUUAAAAUAAUUUAGACCUGAAGUAAAUUGAAAAGAUAAACAAGGGUCAGUCACCUUUCACCACGUGUUUUUUUUUUUUUUUGAAUGAGACUUAGUCUUUGCAUUUGCCAUCUUUGCAGUGCAUCAGGCUCGUGUAAUCAAACAGGGGCAGGCUCCAGUGUCUACUCCUUUCACUGUUAGCGUAAACACUGCUUAUCACAUAACACUGACUACUCACUGGACAACUUCUGAUACUUUCAUUCUCUGCGUAAUACUGCAGCAGAUUCACUGUUUGUGGUGAAGGUCUGCAUCAGAGAAAUCAGUCUGUGGACUUUAAAUUAUAUCAACAUGCAUCUUUCUAUGAACAUGGACCUGUAUUGGGUUAAUGCAGAAGGUGUAUAAUAGAUUAUAAUAUGCAUGAAAUAAUGGUUAUUUUUUAUUAUUUAAUUGUUGCAUUUUAUCAAAUGCCUAAACAGUGUAAUAUUGGCAUAAAUAUAAGCUAUUGGACAACCUGCUCUGAAAUCUGAAUUGUAAAAACAGUCAGUCAAACACAUUCAAAUGAAAAGAAACAAUAUUAGUGAAUAAACCUUUAUUUUUAUUUAUUUAUUUUUGGUUGGAGCGAAUAGACCUUUGUAAAAAAUGUUACAUGUUCUUAAUAAUUAAUGUGGGACUCAUAUGAUACACCACAGAACCACAGCACAUGAUACAGUACGAUACAAUAUAUGAUAUAAUACAAUAGGAAACAGUGCAACACACCAGAUACAAUAUGAUAUGAUAGGACAUGACACAACAGGAUACAAUAUCAUAUGAUACACUAAAAUAUGACACAACACAUCAGAUACAAUAUGAUAUAAUGAAGUACAACACAAUAGUAUAUAAAAGAUAUGUUAGAAGAUGACACAUAAAGAUGUACAGUAGUGUACAAUAUGGUACAUUACAGUAUGAUACUGUAUGAAUGAAUGAAUGAAUGAAUGAAUGAAUGAAUAUCUUUGUAGGCACCACCUCUCAUUCACCAUCUCUGUAGAGGAACCCUGUCUGCACUGUCCUUUACAUGAAACACCUCAUUUUUCAGUGAUCUGUAGAUGAUGCUCUCAUCCCACAAUGCUUUGCACAAGGAAAACUGAGGGUGCUGCGAACCCUGCUACAUAUUCUUCAACAAAAACAGAGUGGUACGACAGCUUAAGGAAGAUGAUGAGUACUAACAAAGUAGAUGAAUAUUUUAGUUUUCGGUCUGGGCUGAAGUUCUGAGGGCUUUAAACAGUUUGGCUCAAUUGGGAUUGUGGGCUGAAUUGUCCAGCAUGUUGCCUGAGUACAGAACAUUAUAUAUAGUAUUAUUAUUAUUAUUAUUACAUGUAUGACAUAUGUUGAGUACAUACAUGCUUUAAAAAAGGCAUGUCAGAUGUACCAAGGACAUAUUUUGCCCUCUUGUCUGUAGCAGGACUAAUUCCUUCCUUCAUUCAGAUAAGGAUUGCUGAAUUUUCAUGGCUGAAGUCAAAACUACACUCAUAACCCAGGGCUGUUGGAUAGAUAUAAAGAUAGAUGUCUGUUUUUCUCUUUCAUGUUGUGUGUUUACUCCUGUUGCCCGGGAGCAUUGCUUUUUUUCGCCCUCACAUAUGUGUGUGUGGUCUGUGUGUGUGUGUCUGUGUGUGAGUAAGUAACAGGUUUGCACAGCAGUGACUAAUAGUAUUUGUACGCCUAAAGCCCAUCUCAGCCUCCCCAUCAAAUCACAUUCACUACACUUAGCCUCCUCCUCUCACCCUACAGAAAUUGAAUCCUUUCAUCCUCUUUCUCCCUCUCUUGUUCGGUUUCUCUCCUUCAUGGUGUCACUUGUUCACAUACUUUUACAAUCUAAUCUUUUCUCACUUCCUCACCACGUUUUUUUUUCCCUUUUCUCUUCUUUUUUUUUCUUUUUUUAAUCAAACACAUGCUCACACAUGCCGAGCAGCUAUCUGACACCUGGCCGUGCAGGGGCAGCUGUCGGUGGGUGGAUCUGUAGGGACACUGGAUAAGGAAAAGAGAAAAGAUAGGAGAGAAAAGGGGGAUGAGCAAGGGCCGUCUGCCUGUCCGGCAGCCAUGCAGCAGCAACCAGAUGGAACUAGAAGAGAAAAAGCCAGCCUUUCCAAAAAAUCCAGCUCAGUGCCUCUUCCACCCAGAGAGGUGUGCGUGUACAUGCCCGUGAAUGAAUCCAGGGGGUGUAGGCGGGGUGUGCUGGAGCUAAACUUGAAUCAUAAGUGGUUAAACUUCACUCAGUGGUCACACUUUUUUUCUUCCCUUUUUUUUUCUCCGUCGCUCCCCCCAGUUCCCUUCUUUGCUUUUUUUUUGUCCCCUUGGUCUUGGUCAGUGCACACCAAACUUUGUUUGAGGCUUAGAGAGUCAGCUCUCGCUCACUAUCGGGGUGGCCGAUCACAUCACUGUGUGUCUGAGUGUGGAUGUGUGUACGCGUGUGUGUGCGCCAAGUUGAGAGUCUAGGUGAGUUGGAGUGUGUUGGUGUGUUUGUGCCACAAACUCACAGAUGAGGAAGGUAAGCUCUUCUUUUUCUCCUCCCUCAUCAUCUCCUCUUUGCUCUUUUGUUCUGUGCAGCGUUUCGCGUUUCUUCUCAGAUCGUAUCAAAAAUGUUAAACAGUGUCACUUUUGUGUCUGAAGUUCCCUGUUUCACUCUGUGAUGCUACUCGAGGCCUGCAGGGUUAACCACUCUGAGACCUCAUUAGGCCUUUUGUGUAGUUUAACUGUGUGUCAUCGUUACACACCUACCUGCAUACUUUACCAACAGCACAAAAUAUGGAUUUAGCUGGCUUCUCUGUGUGUUUUUGGGCAUCCGGAUUGUAAAAUGAGAUUACAGUGGCACAUUGGGUAACACAAUAAGUGUGUGUUGUGUGUGUGACUGUAGAGUGUGUCUGUGCGUUGUGGGUGUGUAGGUGUGUGGGUGGGCGGGCGGGCGCUGCAAAAGGGAGGCAUGGAUAGGAUCAGCUCUUAUCUUGGCUGCCCAGUGCCACACGAGGUGUAACGCCACACCCACACUACCACACAGUGUGUUUAAACAGGCACACGCACUCUCACGCACACACACACACACACAGGAAAACACACGCACACACAGCAUCAAAUCUGUGCCAUAGUUUGACUUGUAUUAUCCAGUUUUUAGAGAGGAUAUGCAAAUGAGAAUAGACGACAGUGAAGGCCUAAUAUUAGCGCAUGCAAAAUAAACGGUGAAAUUCUGUUGAACUCGGCCGCUUUUGUUUUGAAAAUCUUUGAGUCAAACAACGUUCGAUGGCUGCAGUUGCUGAUACGUCGUGAUGACUGUAAACCAGAACAUGUCAGCCCUUUUUUCUUCCCUGCUAAAUAUGAAAAUUUCCUGUUCUUAGUGUCCGCGUCUAUUGUUUUGUGUUAAGAGGCUCCACUUUAAAUAUUUUUCAAAUCAUUUCAACAUUUACUGUCAAGGUAUUUAAAAGUGUUAAAUUUUGGCUUGUAGAAUUAAUUUUACAGCAAACCAGAAAACGAAACAGGCACCUUCUCAUAAACUACUCAGAUUUUACAUCGUCUCAGUUCAGGUUUUAAAAUUUUUAAUUGGUACAUGUGCUCAUUUUACAUCUUUCAAUCAUUCAGUUCUUCCUUCACCUCUUAUUUUAUUGUAACUCCAAAAAUCGUACAGAAUUGGGUUGACUUCCAAGAGAGGACAGAGAAAGAGGAGCAGGGAAGAAGUCAGUAGGUAUUUCCAGGAGGAAUGUGAAGAAGCUUUUGGAGCUAAACCCCCAAAAUUUGGCCAACAGCACGGCUGAGCCUCACACAGAUGCAGAGAGAGACGGUAGUGUGUAAGCCAAAGUGGAUGAGACAGGCCUUGAAAAGGAUCGGCCACGGUGUUUCUGUCGCUCAGAAACAGUUUGCCUCCAGAUCUCAGAGUGGUCUUAACACACCCGGCUUUCUGUCUGCACACCCUGGCGUCCAGCAUCGUCUGUCCAUCUGUGGAAGACGAGCCGUCUCGUACUUGAGUGGUAGUUUGGUAAAUCUGGGUUGACGCUGUUUUCAAAUUAAAUGAAGAAGCUUCUCGCCUUGUGAGCCGUUUUAGAUUCCCAAUGUUUUGAUGAUCUUUUUCCAGUUCGAGGCCAACACCCAUAAACGCUUUGGUCUGAACAAAAUUUGCAUUUAACCAAGUAAAAAAAAAAGCGUUUACAGAUGUUUUACAGCACUAUAUGUUUUUUCUACGCCCUUUUGUGUUUUCAUUGCAGAAUCCUAUUAUUAACUUUGUUUUUAGAUACAGUAAACACAUUCAAAUAUCAGCCAUCCUGCCUUAUCUGCCGUACUCUGGGCAGAUAUAUAGUUUAUUUAUACCACAUUUAUCUGUAUCUUGCAGCAACAAGCCAUCCUGUCUGAAAGUCAUCUUUGUCAAAAUAAUCUAUGAAAAUUUCUCUUUUUUUUUUCUUGGAAACUUUGACUCAAAAACACCCACACACAUCUGCGGUUGUGGCUGCAGGUGCUCAUUUGUAUCUAUGCGGCUGUUUGUUCUUCUAUUUAAAUAUAAUCUAGUAGGAAACAUUACGAAUACGUUUUCAGACUUCCCCACAACCCCACUACAGCCUCGCUGACUCGAAACCAAGAUCGUCAUGUGUGGGAUUUAAGAUUUGUAAAUAAAAUAUCUCUCAGAUAUUACAUGUUGAUUUUCAGAUUUACGCCUUUAUCUAGAAUUGUCGUGGAUAAAUGUAGAACGCUGUAAAAAUGAGAGGAUAUUUUAGAAAGUGCGAUGAGAGGUUAAAUGUUAUGUUUGUUGGAGUGUGAAGGUGUGUGCACUUAAAGACGUGUGUGUGUGUACGCUGUCCCCAGCCUCACCACGCCUGAGGUGAGCCCAAUAAGCGUGCCCUGACCCACUGGAAACAGAGUUUCACCGUCUUUAAUUCCAAAUAGAGAACGAGGUGACAUUAGUGCAUCUCAACGGUGUGCGGUCUAACUGCAGCGAUGUUGAACUCAAAUGUCUGAUUUAUUUUAGGCUAAAUAUGUAAUUCCUUCUCAAUGUUUCUGGAAUGAAUGAAGGUCCUUUUUUUAACCAACGUACUAUCUCCCAUUUUCAGUAACUGUAGCCUCGAGGAAGAGGUAAUAAACUGGAGACCAGAGGGUCCCUACUGUAGUUUAAUGCAUGUGUGUGUGUAAGGGUGGGUGUAGGAGAGGGAAUUCCUGUCUCCUUCUUAACCUUUAUUUAACCAGGAUAUCCCACCGAGAGCAGGAAUCUCUUUUCUGAGGAGACCUGCAGCAGACAUUGUGCCCUGAAGCUACAUAGGAAAGACAAAUACACAACGAAUACAAAGACACACACACACUGAAACACACUCAUGUAUGAUUAAAUAAAACUUCUCAGUCUCAACACCUUAAUCCUGCCGCGUGAGGCUGCGCUGCUGCUGCUGCUGCUGCUGCGUAUUUUUACAUGUUCUAGCGUUGAGGGUCUUCGGCUCGGCCUUGUUUUCGCCACCUUCCCCCGUCCUGGUGCUUUCGAGCUGCCCAUCGUGUCUUUGGAGAAGACCUGAGGAAAGGUCGGGAGGAAAGGGACGAAGACAAGAGUAGCAGAAGAAAAAAAUGUCAAUUACAAUUACCAAUAAUAAUCUUUAUAAUUAAGCAGUCACUUAAUAGGAAAUCAAAUUAUUGUGGGGGGUGACAGAGGGACAGAGGGGGCUCCCGUGGGACUGUAUUAAUUUCUCUUCUUUUUGGCCGGAGAACUUUCCCCCUUAUUGUCUUUGCUGAGGUUUUUCAGGCUGGGAGGGGUCGUCGAGAGGGCUUUAUUAACUGGUAGCCUAGGGUGGUGAUAUUUUGGGGGGGUGGGGAGGGAGAGGCUUUGGAGGGGAUCUGUAUUAAUAUUAAUACGUUUUUGGGAUAAGGAAGAGGAGGAAGAGGGGUGAGCAGGGUGGGUGAGGUUUUGUGGUGGGGGGGUAAAGGCAGUCAUGGAUCCACAAAAUCACCUCUCUGUCUCCCCUCUUCCUCCUCCUCCUUCUUUUCUCCUUCUUCUUCUUCUUCUUCUGUUUUUGACUCUGAAGUUCAGUUUAACAGUCAACAGGAUAAGAGGGAGAACACACACUAAAACACUUGCUCCGAUAUGCAAAGGCUGCCUAAUAAUAGCUGGCCUAUGUUUUUCACCGGGUCCCAAAGGAUGACCAUGCAUGUGUGUGUUUGUGUGAGAAAGAGAGAUUCUUGGCAGUGUACCACAAAGACACAAGUGAGCCUGUUUAGCAGUUUCCUCUCCAGAGGCUCCUGGCAGUGUGUCUGCGGCCAUUCCAGGCUCCUUUUCCCUGUGUCUCUUAAUUAAGGCGCUCGUCAGACAGAGAGCAGCUGGGCCUGGUCUGGCCGAGCUGGCACUCAACAUAUUUCAGUCAUUUGAGCCCUUCCCUCAUCCUCAUCCUCCUCUACUUCUCCUUUUUUUUUUUUUCCCCUUCACCUUUUCAGUCGCGACUUUGCUCAUCACGUCGCCCCGUUUCUCUUUUUAUUUAUGUCGGUGUGUGUUUCAUUGCUUUACACUGAUGCUAAUGCUCUGUUAUCACUGCUGUGAAGGGGAAACCAGUUGACCUUUCUAUCACACCUGCCUUCAAUGAAGCACUAAUUAGGAGUCCCUAAAGAUUCUGAGAACUCGCCUCUUAACAGGCCUCUAAAUACUGGGAUUAAAGUGGAGCAUGGUGAAGAUGUGAACAGCUAUGACUGGAAGGAAAAUGCUUAAUGUGAACAGAUUAGAUGCAGGUAAAUCCGUCAAAGGCGGUGCUUUGACUACAAAUUAGGUUAAAAAAAGUGCUCAUAGUGUUAAAACUAGUUUGAUAUGGACUUAAUGCUUUAGGAUUGUGGUAUUUAUCAAAAUACAGACUGAUGACAUGAGAAGUUCAGCAGCUACAGGACAAGAAACAAACAUGAAAUGACUGUUAUUUGAGUUUUUGUGACAUGUCUGUUGGAGGUUGUAUUUUCAGCCACGUCUCCUUUAGAAACCAGCUCAAAGUGAAACUGUGAGCGCACACACACGCGGGCUGUGAGCAUGUUAACGUGUAAGCUUUGUUUAGAAAAUACGCGUGUAAUGAUCAAUGAAAAGGCUUUCGGUCGUGGUGGUUUGAAAAUUUCCAGAUCAAACACGGGAUAUGGUCAAAUCAAAAAACUGUAUCCAUACCCACACUCCACCUUUCCUUCCCCCCUUACCCCUUCAGCUCCACCCCUUCCUGCACCCAUCCAUCCCAUCUCUUAUUCCUCCACACCCAUCCCCAUCCAUUCCUCCAUACAACUAGACCAGGCCCUGGUUACGUGGCUGUUGCUAUGCCGGGUUUGCAGGGUCAGUAUUCUCACUGUAGGCUUGCCCGUGCUAAUCCAGCUAGUAUCUGAGAUCAGUUUACAGAGGGAACACUGAGUCCUCUGUCCUUACAUUCACACUCCACUCAGAUGUCCCCAAAUCAGUUGCGUGCGUUUCUUGUGUUUGGCCUUAGCAUUAGAUUGUCCUUCCAUAUCUGCUCACCUGGUUGCUAACAUAAUUCAUCUAUCAAUGAAGUCCAAGUCUUUGCUGGUGCGUGUGUUUCUACGCCUGCCUGUGCAUUUGCACACCCGGGCCGCCUCUUUAUCCAAAAGGAUUAUGGUUAAAUGGAAUGCUGAGAUUCUGGCGGUGAGCGACCGAUAACGCUGAAGGAGUCAGCUUUGGGAAAGGAAAUUAAUUAUUGAGGAUAAAAUCAGAGCCAAGGAGAUAGUUACCUGCUCGUUGGGGAGUUGAGUCAUUGAUAUUUCAGCACAGACUCCAAUCCAACACGGAGUUCAUCACAGUCUUAGUGUUAGACUUCUUUUUUUACUGUGUCUGUAUUUGUGUGUGUUUAAAUACACACCUACGAUCAGGGCUAUAGAAGUAUUACACCUGAAGUUUGCAGAGAUAGUGGUUUCUUCUAGCACCACAUUCAAAUUUGUGAACAUAUCUGUCAGAUGUGACUCUAAAUGGAAUAAUAUUACAAGUAGAUGUAAUUAUCACUUUAAAAGGUUAAUUGAUGUUUAAAUGUGAUUGGUUUAACUGAUCAAACUCAGGUUUUCAAGAGCAAAGGUUUGAUUAAAGUCAGGUUUCUGAAUUUUUUUGAGUGCUUAUUUACAACAUACGGCCAAAAACAGCAGAUAUUACAAGAAAAAACCUCAAGCCCCUGUAUCUCUGAUCUUUAAAGAUUGAGACUUUCAUCUCAAGUACAAGUUUCGUUUCAUGGAGAAAAAAAAAAGCACAACUUGGAGCACUUAGAAGAUUUCUAUUUGUCCCAGAUUUACCAAAAAAGGUUGUUUUUUAUUACCUUGCUCAUAUACAUUUAGCUGCUCUAAGUUAUGUCAGGGUUUGUAAGGCAUGCAAUAAAUUUGAAGUAUAUAAAUAACGAGUCAGAAAGUUUGAAUUUAUUGCUAUGAUACUUUAAGUUCUGAUUAGAUUUUUUCUAAGCCUUCAGUUUUAUGACAAAAAUAACUUUUUUUCCCACUUCUUUCUGCAUGAAAUUUGACUCUGUGUAAGCUCAAAUCUGGAAACAUACCAGUUCGUCUUUGAUACCUGGAUGGGAAUGAUCUGGCAGCCGAAGUGUUAUCUGUUUUUUCUUCUCUAUAAUGAGUCCUGGUCAGUGUUUCAAAACCAGCUGUGAACAAAUAACCGCUGCUGACCCACGAGACUUUGAAUCUGGACUUAGAAACCUGGAUUUGUGUAUGCGCGCUCGUGCAGCUUGAGUGUGUGUGGGUGCAGGUGAGCGCGUUUUUCUCCUCUGAGUGCAGCCUGAUCAAUAGUAAUUGGGUUGAGUGUCUCAGGCCUGUUUCUCUCCUUUGUACUGCGGCCCUUUUGUAGGCUGACACAGGGCCGGCAGAGGAAGAAAAGGAAGAAAGACGAGGGGGGGAGACAGAGAGAAAAUGAAGGAUGUUUGCGAGCCGACGAGCAUGACUGAUUCCCUCAACCAAAUCUCCGGAUAUUUAUUCAGCAUUACUCACUAAUCUAAAAAAAUCUUCCUCCCUCUCUGUCUCUCUCUUCUUUUCUCUCAUUCACACUCCACACAGGAGGGAUCGUGACCGUAUGAGCGAGUGUGUGUGUGUGUGUGUGUGUGUGUGUCUGUAGGAUGAUCUAAAAGAGGUUUGAUAAAACAGAUAACCUGUUACGAUGGAUUAACAGCCUCUUCCUCCUCUCAUACCCACAAACCCACUCCUGGAGUAUCUCUACUUUCUCCUCCCUCGCUGUUCUGUCUCUUUUAUGACUUCCAUGAAAGAGCUGUGUGUUGAGCGAGGGCGGCGAGCUCCAGCGGUAUUAGCGGGGAGGCAUUAGGCAUAAACUCUAAGGUAUAUUAAAGCAACGGCCCUGUUGUUCAUAUAAACACGCCAAUUCAAUUUAGCCUGCCCCACGGGGAAUGGGAUUUCAGCAGCUACCAAGAGCGAGAGGAGGGAGGGAGGGAGGAGAGAGGGAGGCAGGGUGAGAGGAGGAUGAGGUAAGACAAGGAGAGCAGGUGGGAUGAAGGGAUCCGAGGCAGGAGAAGAAUGAAGGAAGAGAAGAGAAGAGAAUAACCCUGCAGAUUGGCAUAUGGGACUGGCUUGCAGCUGGAAUUCAUUGUAAUUGUUGCAUUUAUUACCAUGACGUAAGGACCUGCUUGUGUUUGUGUGUGUCUGUGUGUGUACCUGUGGAGACUCGCGCACACACACACAGACUCCCAACGUGGAAGAGGGGCUGGCAGUUUCUGCACGCUUGGACAGAGCGUUCGGUGGGAAAGCCUACAUUUAUAUUAUCCCAUCCAAAUUCAAAUAAGCUUGUCAGGAGAGCUCCUGCUUUUAUUACCUGUCAGAAAAACCAAGGGAUGGACGGAGCAGAGGGGAGCAAAUUAAACGACAGUAAAUAAGACCCCCUACCUCUCUCCAUGCUCUUCUCCUGCCACUCUGCCCUGGAUUUUUAGGAUACAUACACACACAUAUUCUCAGGUUUUGACAGCAUGUUGUUGUUGAGCUCUAUCUAUAGUUUACCUAACCCGCUUUUAGCUGUCAGUCAUACGCAGGAAAGCUGACCUAGCUGUAAGUUCAUCUCUGAGUAAAAUCUCUGGUCGAUAAGGAAUCAUCUGAGCCAAAAGCAGGAUUUGAUAUUGGAGAAAAUACUUGAGAACAGAUGGAUUCAGAGCAGUUUGACAUCUGAAAGUGAUUGGAAUAACUUAAAAAAUGGGAUGAAAUGAGAGGAAGGAUGGAGUGAUUUGUUAAGGAUGUGCUCUGGAUGUGCAGAGGUGGAGGAAAAUACUCACUCUCUCACACAUACCCUUAACACCCCAACAGCCUCCUCCUGUCUUGCCCCUUUGCAGCCAGGCAUAACCUCUGCCAUAUGUCCAUCCCCCUCCUCUUUUUCUCCUCCGACUUCCUCCCUUUUUCCCCCUCCCUGCCUCCUCUGCACAUCCUCCUCUCCCCUUAGCCCCACCUCUGUUUAUUCAGGGCUGUAUUUCCCACCUUCACUCUCAAAGACAUGAAGAAUUUAGUGUUUUCUUAAAGAGUGGAGAGAUGUUAUCGUACAUGCAAUGACAGCUCUGUCAGCUGUCCGAGUCAGGAGUUUUUCAGUUAUCUAAAGGAAUCUGCUGUGUUGAAGAUUAGUAGUCAUUAUUUUGUUCGUAAAUGAACUAAGAAUGAAGGUCGAAUUGUUGCCCAACCCUUCUGAUCAUCCAACAGUCGAGGCUCUGAACCUUUAUGGAUUUAGGGAAUGCGGUGUCUGCAGUCAUGAUGACAAAGGUGUUGUUUAGAUUGCAUUUAGGUUAGGGCUGUGCGAUAAAACGAUAAUGAUAAAUAUUCAAAAAAUUAAUUUCCCUUGAUAUCGAUAUCAAACAUGGUCAAUAUGCUUUUCGAUAGCCGGCAUUCUGCCAUGUUUUGGUAGAUUAUACCAAUAGCCAAUGAUAGGGGAGUUGCUCCAGGUCUGCACCGUGCUGAACCAAUCAUGUGCUGAAUUAGAACCAAGUAGCAAACAACUGCGUAGUAUCAGGCUGCAGCUACACGCAACAAUAGCAAGCAACAGCACAGAAGCCGACAGCACUGUUGGUGAAAAAAAAAAAAAAAGAGUGCUACCCCCAGCAGAAAUGCAGAUAAAGGCUCAACCGAUGACGACAUUGUCGGCCAGACUGACACGGGCAAGUGCGAUGCAGCGCACAAUGCCUGUACAGUUGAAACAGCCGACCAUUCAGUUCACUUUCUCUAGAGCAACGCCCUACGACAAAACGUCAAAGAGACACAAAGACCUCACAGAUGCAGAAGCUUAUUGUAUUGAAAAAGACACACUAUCAACAUGUUCUGUUAAAUUUCAUUUAAGAGUAACAGGGAACAUUUAAGAUUGACAAGUGAUUUUUUUUUUGUAUCGUGUUAUUGACUGAUAAGAAAAAUAUAUAUAUGGUGAUAAACUUUUUUCCACAUCGCUCAGCCCUAAUUUAGGUUUUUGUCAAACUUGAUGAAUACUGCUUUAAUAUAGAGCAAUUUUGUGUUUACGUUUCCUAGGAGACUGAUCACUCAUGUCCUUUAUGUCGCAGAGUUUGCAAUGAAUUGUGGGCGAGUCCUAGAGUGAAGUCUGCAGAAUUGCAGACUUGCAUAAAUGUUUCAUUUGGAGUUGAGUGGCCCACAUCUGAGAGCUUGUGCAGACGCGACGUGCCUGAGUUUGGGAUUGGGUCAGUGUUGUAUAUGUUGUACAUGACUUCAGGGGUCCUUUCACUGCAUAGUUUAGGGAUAUCCUCUGGUAAUCUAGCAGCUCUGUCAUGGUUCUUAAGUUGUUGUGGUCCAGACCAAGAGUUACAUUUUAUUUUUUAUACUUUUUAUUUUUAUUUUAAGUUUAUAAUUCAUUGUUAAUAUUUGUAUAGUUUUCUCACACACCACGUUAAACCUCCAGCCUGAAGAAGAAAAUGCUGUUUCUGGAUCUUCCUGUCUAUUUAUUUUAUAAAUAUGCUCCUUUAAGUUUCUGACCUACUAAUGAAUUCAAAAAACAUUCAUUCAUUAUUGCUUCAGAUCAUUAAGUUCUAGUGUACGCUAUAUUAUUUUUUUGUCACAUUAUAAAGACAUCAAUAGUAUGUGUCAUAACUUAAGAAAAAGAUUAUACAGGAAAUGAGGGGAAAGAUUGGGGUAAAUACAGGCAGUGAAAGUCCCAUUCUCAAAUUUUAGAUGCUGUGGUUUAUGUCUGAGUAAUAAAAGGCUUUACCCCCCCUGCACUUCCUUUUUAUUUCACAUUUAACAGAGGUGAUCUCCAUAUUAAUCAGGAACAGAAAAUCGUUGCAAUUCUCAGUAAGAGAUGAAGGGGACGUUCAUUUUCGCCCCUUCUCUCUAAAAUCGACCACCAACUUCAAACUCUGCCAGGUGAAAAAGGACGGCCAGAUGUCUUCAAGAACUGUAUUUGAAAGGAGCGAUAAAAGAGCCAUAUUAGGAGCUCCUCUUCUAAUCCUCUAUUGUUCUCCGCCUGUCCCCUGUCCCACAGAGAGGCCGCUCUAAUUAAAGACUAAUAAUUGUAUUGUUUUAUAAAGUCUAUAGAGACACAGAUUCUGCCCUUCAAUUAUUCAGCCUCUUCAAUGUACCCAGUCCAUAGAGGUCUAUGACGCUGGAUGAAGUCUACAACCUACAGUGAUGGAGCGUGUGUGUGUGUGUGUGUGUGUGUGUGUGUGUGUGUGUGUGUGUGUGUGUGUACCCUGUAUGGCAUACAGUAGGAGGAGGAAGGAAAAAGCCAAAUCUAAAUUAAAACUUUAAAGCACCAUUAUUUAAUUACCCCAAAGGCUGUGGAUUUGAAGGAUUGUGGAUUUGUGUGUGUACAAAUGUGUGUGUGUGUGUGUGUGUGUGUGUGUGUGUGUGUGUGUGUGUGUAUGUGUGUGUUGUGUUUGUUCAUGCAAACGGUUGCUGCUGUCCAGGAUUAUUUUACUUUUUUCAAUUUGCCCUGUCUCCAGUGUGUGUGUGUGUGUGUGUGUGUGUGUGUGUGUGUGUGUGUGUGUGUGUGUGUGUGACCGCAGUGUGACACCCUCAUUGGUUGCCCUCUUCCGUUGCCCCUCCUUCACCUCUACCCUCUGCACACGCACGUACACACACACAUUCACACACACGCAUGCUGAGGCGCCGGCAGAUAAAAAGGCAUUAUGGUAAAUUCCACUUAAUGACAAAUUUUUAAUUUGGGGAACAGGGCCUGCUGAAUGGAGCUUAAUUACCGGGGCCAAAGAUCCCUCGGAAAAAUAACCCCCUUGACGUGCCCAACCUGCCCGAUAAUGGAACGCUCUGCAAAACGCCUCAGAUUAACUAGCGCCGUUUAUCUACCCGUUUCCUCCCCCCUUCCAUCUCCUGCUGUAUAAUAACAAAAAUAACAAUCAUGAAAAUUCUAUCUGCCUCCCAGCCCCCAUCACCCCACUUCCCUCUGCCGCCUCUGCUGCCUCUCCUGCCUCUCCCGCCUCUCCCGCCCUCCCGCCUACUGCCUGGCUCUCUCCCGCAGGAGGAAAUUCAUCAAAAUGAAAUUGAGGUUGCAACUCACUGGUUUUAUUAAAAUAUAUUUGCCCCUUCCAGAAGCCGUGUGUUGGUGUGUUAGUGGAGUUUUUCAUCACUGAAUACAUAAGGGCUUUUUGAAUAAUUUGGUCAGUUUUGAUCAGAGAUGUGUCGUAUCCUCGCUUACAUCAGUAGGACUUGAGCCAUAUAAUGUUCACACUUGUUGAGUUGGCUGUUCUGCCUCAGAUUAAAAGUCCAGUCUGAUGUAAGCUCUUAAAAUGCCCAGAUAGAAUAAAUCACAUGUUGGCAGUGAUACAAAAGUAUACCCUUUUUUUCUCAAAUAUGAUUGGCUGUUUCAACUGUGCUGUGAAAAACUCAUUUAUGAGAGAAAGAGGCAAACUCAAUCAAAGCGGUUUAUGUCUCUUUUGAUUAAUAAAAAAGAAAACUGUAAAAAUUUCAAUCAUUAUUCCCUUAAGCCUACAGUUUUAUUCUUUUCCUCUUUUGUGCAGAUGAAACCUUUAAAGAUCAGUUUGUUUUUCUUCUUUUUUCUGAACAGGGAAAUGCUGUGACCACUAAACUCUUAAUCACACAGAUAUUGUUAAAGCAUUGAUGCAGUUUUUCACUUUGUUUAAGGAUAAGAAACAGUAAUAUACACUAACGUCCUUGAAUGUACAGUGUCAUGCAGGCUCACAGUCUAAAAACCAGUCCUUUUGUGAGGUGGUAGCAGUGGAGCUGCUUCCCUUUACACCAGUUUGAUGUUAAAAUGAAAGAUGGGAUACUCUUUACUUCACUGACAGAAGACCAGUGGGCAAGGUUUUAUUUCCCUUUGAAGAGCUGAGUGGGUUGUGAGUGCAGUGACUGCAGCUACAGCUGAUGUGAUCCUGACCCUAAAAAGUUUGUGUCCCCCCCCUAAAACCUCAAGACGAUAGAAAACAAUCUCAGCCAGAUCGAGACGAAUCCACUGUACUUAAUUAUGGCAUUGGUGGAUUUCAGUUACAAAGGUCAAUAUUGUACUUUUAAAAUGCUUGAAGUCAUUCUGGUUCUUCAUUAAUCAACUAUUAUAAUAUAUGAUGAAAAUAUAAAUAAUGCAAUAAUGGUAGCCACUAGUAUUGUGUUGGACCUCAGUGUUGGCGAAAGUCAAUACUAAAGAAUUAGAUUGAAAUCAGGGGUCAAAACUAGUGAAGUAAAAUUGUUUGAUCAUGACAUGGUUUCAGCUCUUCUUUAACCAAUUUGAAGUAAUUCAGGUUUUAAAGCAGAAAACGUGUAAAUCUAGAUGAUAUCCAUCACAUUAUGUAUCUAAUGUCAGUGGAGUUUGUACAUUUUCAAAUGUAGUAGUUUAUAUUUUAUUCAAGCCAGCAGCUCUUUUCUGUUUCACCUUCGUUUUGAGAACCUCUUUUGUUUCUGUCAGAAGUAAACACUGUCAUAUAGAACUUAGUGAAUAGCCCUUAUUUCCAGUCAUGUGUUUCUGAAACCUGCUGCUGAGCUAUGUGAGUCAAAGUGUGGCUCAGAGAUUACAAGGUCAUCACAUGAUCAAUAUCAAACUUUCUUUACUCUUAAAAGAUAAAACCCACGAUCCUGUUACAUAAAGAGAGACUUCAGUAGGGAGCAGAAAUGUGUUACAAUCUAAAUUUAAAAGACAAAUCUCUCCUGAUUCUUAAAUCUUACUCCUGUUGAAGUUUCACACGUCUUCACUAGUUUAGGGACACUAAAUAAACUUGAUUUUAAUUUAACCUACUUUUGAGACGUAGCUGUUAAGCUGAUUAAAUCAGCAGAACUAAUACUGAAUUAAGGAUGUGUGUGUUUUUAAAAACCACUGAUUAUGAACCAAUUGAUGAAGCUGAAUUUGGCGUUUGUAACUUAAGUCUUCAUUAAUCGGAGCGCUCAUGGAUGUUAACAAGACACGAUGACGACCUGUUAAACUUGCAGACAUCCGCUGGCUCAUUUUUAGAUAUCCUUAACAUGGGGCUGACACACAGACACACACAGACAGACACACACAGACGGACAGCCUUGCUCACUUUUCUUGGCCCUCUCUUGCCCCUGUUGUUGUUUACCCUGAUUGGACCAUUUGGUUGCCAUGCGGUUGCCAGGCCGCGCCCCUGCUGUGUAGUAAUUGGUGUCUGUGGUAUUGCCACGUGGCGACGGUGCUUUGACUGACAGGUUUGGCCACCUGCCCUGCCCUGGCUGCCAACACAGCAUGGAAGGGGGUGAGGAGGAAGGGAGGAGGAGGUGGCAACGGCUGGCAGGGGGUGAACGUUCGGCUUGUCACACAGAGGGUGGAGAUGUGGAUAAUCAGAGUCGGGCGAAGAUGAAAUAUGUGAUGGUUGAACACAAGGAAGGUUCAACAGCAGCCAGGAUGAUGAUGGCAUUUUGCUUUUUCAUUUACGUGUAAAGGCAGAAACCCUGUGUCAGUGAUCAGAAAAUGUCAUUUUUAGGAAUAUGGUACAUGCCAGUCUACAAUGACCAAGUUACAUUCAGGAUUCAUGGUAUUAAAAAUCGACAGCCAUUUUCCUCUGAGACGCUCACAGUGGGAACUCAAAUGUUGUUUUUUACUUGUAUUAACGUUAAGUUGGGAAUAUGACUUCAACACCCUCCAACUAAAAAGACAAGUUAUUAUUUACAGAGUUAACACUCAACCCUGAUGCAAAGAUUGUGUGACUGCUACUUGGUUGUUUUUGAUCGCCAGUUGCCAGGCAACACGAGAAACCAACUGUCAUCCAUUUAAUUGAGUCCUGCAAGAAUGAGCCGCAGAAAAAAAGGAAUGACUGAUCAAUGUUGAUUUGUAUUCUUGUGUGUCAAAGUCAACAGAUUUGUAAAAAAUACGAUUUUGGGUUUGAUGCAUAAACUAAGUCGCUUGGUGUCACCAGACUGGCACCACCAGACUGGCACCACCCAGUUCAACCCCAGUUUUUUAGGGAAGUUAGCAACAGUCACGUAAAAUAAUGCUCCUUGACACAAUCGCACAGACCUAAAACCAAUCAGAUUAGCGCAGCAUAUGACAAAGCAUAUAGUAACAGGAAUGUGAACAGAUACAGAGGAAAGAAACGCACCUUUCCCAUCGAUGAUCACUGUUUGUGCAGUUGUUUCAUUAUAAUGAAAAUACAUCAACCAGUUUGUUUAAGGAAGGCCAUCCAGCAGCAGGAGCUGAACAUUUUGGUUUAAAAUAUUCACAGAGGGGGCAGUCCUCGUCAUCAGCUGAAAUACAGGAAUGUGAUUGUUCCUAAAUAUUUGACUCUGAGGGGAAAACUUUCAGAGUGACCCUCCUGCCAGGCUUUAUAAAGUCAUGUCUUUGACUGACGGGAGUAUAUUUGAUUUUACAUUUUGUUUUACAACAUCAAAUGUAAUAAGGUGAAGCUUACUGGUGGUUUGACCUCAUGUCACCAAUGUUCACUUUAAAGCUCAGGCUAACGUUUAACUUUGGAAAAUUGCAGUUCUGUUUAACAUAACACAACAGUUUAAUUCACUUUUUCAAAACAAAAAACACAACUUUUUUUCCUCACAGUUUGAAGGCUUGUUUUCUAAAUUUACAUAAAUCCAACUGAACUGAUACCAUUGUCAGUUUUUCCUGAAAACUCAGCUGUCCUCUGGUUGACGUGCAGAUAUGUGUCAUCCCUGUAGCUCUUCAGAAAGGGGGAUUUUCACCCGGGUGUGAAACAGACUGAAAUUAAUAUUGAAGCAUCUUUACGCUCUACACAAGCCAAGGAGACCACCAGCUGCGAGACUUUAAACUGUUACAGUUAAUGCCUGAAACUGCUGACGUGUGGGAAGGUGGCACACAAAGUGCUGCUGAAAAUCUUUUCUUGUCUUUUACAUUUUUUCUGAUUUUCUCUGAUUAAAAGUUGAUCUCCCUGGUAUUUAAACUCUGUAUCUGUUCAACAGUUUGUGAAUUCCUGUUACCACCAGUGCUCUGGAAAUGUGUUUUAGUUUAUCCUGUGAAUUGGGGCUCUCCUGCUCUCUUGUUCAACAGAGAGAUCAGUGGAGAAUGACUGAGACAGAGUGUGAAAUAAAACCUAAUAAAAUCUGCAGUUUUUACUUGUGAUAGGCCUGUACUGACACACUUUAGAGCUGCUCAUUUCUUCUUAUCCAGCUCACCUCUUUUCCCUUCUUGUCAGUAGUCCACCACCACCUCUACCUGUCUGCUCUUUGCUACACAGGCUUGAUAUUCAGCUGGCAUCUCUUUUGUUGUGUUGUAAUGUGCUUCAUGGCCCCAUACUGAUGCAUUUUCACCUUCCUCCACGCCCUCCCCUUCUCUCUCCCUCUUGUUCAUCUCACUUGCUCUCCGACUCUUUCGGCUGUUGUGUUUUACACCCUCGGCUGGACUUUUCCUGUCACACAAAAAGCGUGCAGAAAAAAAAGCGAAACCCCUUUGCGUGUCGAUGUGCGCGUCUGACUUGGUCAACCUUUUGGUGUGUUUAACCUCACAAAGGGUGAGGCUGUAGGGCAAGGGUGAUGCCACAAAGGAAGCACUUCUUUUCUGCACACAUGUACACACUCACAUACACACACAGUCCGGCCUGCACACUCCCUUCGUCUCACACCAUUGUCAUGUAUAGUGUUUCUUAUCCAGCCCUGUCGCUUCAGUAUCAAACAUAACCUCCAUUCUAGGGGCAAGGCCUCUCUUUCACUCCCCUUUGUGUGUGUGUGUGUGUGUGUGUGUGUGUGUGUGUGCGCACACUGCCUCGUUUGGUGUGUUAAUGGGCCUGGGCAACAGUGUCGUACAAUGGGACGGGCUGGCCUGGGAUGCCUGUUUAAGUGUCCGGAGAGGAAGGAGGUGAUGAGGGCAACAUUGAGCAGAUUGAGGUUUUGAAGUUGCUGCAAUUGAGCGGAGGAUGACACCUCCACACACACGCACGCACGCACACUCACACACACACACAAAUAAACACACAAAAGGCAGAAAAUUUGGGUUACACUUGAGGUCGGGUUCUGUCUUGCUCUUGUAUGCGUGGGCUUCAGCGACCAGGACUUUUCUUGUGGUCCACUCAUAAACCCCCUUUUUUGCAUGUGUGUGUUUGUGUGUGUUUGUGUGUGUUUGUGUGUGUGUGUCACCCCAGGAGAUCCGGGUGUUCAUGGUUCAUUAGUCACACGUACACUUGUGCUGUGUUCUCACUGGUAAAAAGGACAGAUUCAGAGCAUCCACACACACACACAUCAAAAACACACACACACAAAAGCUUCAUCUAGCAGCUCUUACUCGCACAUAAACAUGUACACAUUUGCACACACACAUCAGCACACACACACACACACACACACACUGGCUGUGUUUUGCUGUGUUCUGCCGGCUCUGAUGAACUGGCACGCAGCCUCCUCCCCUCUCCUUCUCAUCUUCCAGUAAUCAGGGUACCUAUGAGACAGACAGGUAGCAUCUGUCGCCUUCUCUCCCCUGAUCCCUCCCUCCCUCUGUUUCACCAUCGCCCCCCCCCCCCCCUCCCCUCUCCAUUGUGUUGAAUUUCCCUAGAUGGUGGAGUGAUGUGAUAAUGCACCAGUUGUCCUAAGGAAUAAAAAACAGUAAAGCCGGCAGACCUCGUGAUGAAGAGACUGAAGGAACGUUUCGUAGAUUUCGUCUCACUGGUGUUGGACUCCGAUUUUUCAGACCCUGGUUGGGUUUUUCAAAUCUCUGUACUUUUACAAAAAAAAAUUCACCAUUAGACCACUAGAAAUGAAACAGUUGCCCUCAACAUGGCGGGGGCUUCUCUUGAGCCUGUUCAGCUGCUCUGUGAAGCUGAAACCAUCUGCUAAUCCAGCUCCAGACUCGGGCCACGAUGAAGCUCGCAGCUCUGAUAGUUUGGUUUUGAACAGGGCCUCAAAGGUUGAUUAGCAUAUUUUCACCCAGUGUACAGACAACAGAAACCACGCACCCUCUCUUCUUCUCCUCCUCCAUCCUCGCCUCUACCCCACCCCCACCCCCACCCAUGUGUUUGAUUCCUGGGCCGUGACAAAGAGCUUCACCCUUUAUCCAUGUGUGUGUGUUGGUGAGAUGGGGGGCCCUUAGAUUAAGGGAAAGCUUCCUGCUCUUUAUUUGGGGAGUCCCCCCGGGAGACGCUUUGGGAAUGACUUUCGUUGAGUCACUAACGCCUUUUCUCACGCACACAUACACACUCAGACACACUUCUUUGCACACAUACACACCUUUCACCCUUGCCUUUAUUUUGGAGCUGCCCAUUGACUGGGUCCUGCUUGUUGUUUGGCACCGACUGCUCGUGCACAGACACACACGUCACAGAGGCCCCCCAGUCUGUUCACAGUAGGUGAGCACUGCAGAGGUUCACCAUCUACUUUCUUCAUGUUAAACUAAUUCUGUACACCAGAAUAACCGCUGAUCCAGAGUCACAGUCAUAAACAACACAGGCGCAGUAAGUAAGGGUGGGCGAUAAAUUAUUGUUCACGAUUACCGUCAGAAAAUUCCUCCACGAUGAAUAUUUGUAUAAACACGAUAAAUGCGAGUUGAUGACGUAAGCGCAUGCAGCUAACUCGCAGCCGUAGCCCACGCAGAUCAGAAUAACAAACAAAAAUGGCCAAAGGUGAUAAGAGAAGACGUCUCUGAGCAGGUUGUUGCUAAACAAGGCUCCACAUGAGGGAUUUCCUUCAAGAUUUAGACGAGUGCACUCAGAUAUGCCUGAUAACGGACAGAGGAUCUGCUCACCCUAUUCACUCUGUGCAAUAAGAGUUUUUAAUAAAUGUUGAAAGUGUUUUCACAUUUCACUAGUUUUCUCUAUAACCUAACAAUUAAACUCAAAGUCAAGUAUCUUACUUGACUUUGCCAACUGGUGUCCUCAAGACAGAACAGGUCAAAAACAUAGAAAUGAAUUAUAAUUCCUUUAUCAGAAUGGCAAAGCUUAUCGUGAAAUAUUUUUUAGCCCAUAUCGCCCAUCACUAGCAAUAAGUAGAGCUAUGGUACUUUAGCUAGUAGCUAUGGAGAUUAAUAGACUAGUUAAUGAUGGAAAACUGACGUCGUUUGGUUUGAGUAAAAAUGCCAAAUCUUGGCCUGUAACCACUCCACAAAUGUGAAAACUGUGGAGUUUAUUUCAUCUUAUUUCAACACAAAAACAACAUGUUCAGUCAUCAGGAAGAGAUCUGUCAACAGAGAAAAAACAACUUUUUGGAGUAGACUAACUUUGUGCUUAUUUUUUUAAAUGCACUCUCGCUGACUCUUUCCUUGCAUCUCUCAUUUAUAACCUUAUUAUCUUAAACACAAUCUGCCAAUGCAUAAAAAGACUCACAAAUGCAUCCACAGAUUAGUGCACAAAUCCACAAAUGUGCACGUGAACCACAGCUGGUUUAUCAACUGUAUAAUAUUUACAGAUUAUUUUGCAACACCCCUGAAAAACUGAUUUAUUUACCACCCAGUAGAAAAGUGACUUCUAAAAAUCGAGAUCAAUCCUGAAGGAAGAGAAUAAAGCUAUCAUUGACAAACAGAGAUUUUAUCCACAAACUUGAUCAGUGGUGCCACUUUAUUGAAAAGUCCUCAGUAUUCUCAGUCGGUGUCGAGGCCUUUUUUCAAAACAGGACAUAUAUUGUGUGUAUAUCUCUGUGUUGUACAGGAAGUGGACACUGAACCUCAGGAAAGAUCAUCAUCAUAAAUAGCUUAGGAACCAGGAUUUGACAAGACUUGAGGUCUGUCACCUUGGCUCGAGCUGAAUUGAAAAUGAAACAGCCGGGUGCCUGCACCGAAACAGAAACGAGACAUCCCAACAGUGUGUGAAACUGUUUUGUUAAACCUUGGUUAUUUUGUUUUCUUUAUUUUUUUGAAAUUAAAUAUUUGGGACAUCCUUCAGCCUUACUUUUUUCUUCCAUUAGCAUCCAAGUUAAAGUCCAAAGCUUUUGCUUAAAGUGGCUUUUAAAUGAGGAUGUGUGUGUGUGUGUGUGUGUGUGUGUGUGUGUGUGUGUGUGUGUGUGUGUGUGUGUGUGUGUGUGUGUGUGUGUGUGUGUGUGUGUGUGUGUGUGUGUGUGUGUGUGUGUGUAUUUGGGGGUGAAGGUCGUGACAGAAAGAAGGCUCAUCCAAACAGCAGCCAUUUUAAUUUGUUUGACAGAGAAGUGAGGUGAUAACCUCCCUCUGCAGCUGCACACCCACGGAGAAGGGUGGGGGGGCGCACGAAAAGAGAGGGAGCGAAAGCAAAAGGAGGGCUGAGCAGAAUUGUGAUAAAGGGUCCAGAUAGAGAGAGUGGGGAGAGAAAGAGGAAGAGAGAGAGAAAGAGAGAGAGAGAAGGGUGGAAAGGAGAGCGAAAUAUUUGAUUACGGCUCAAGGCUGCAUGUUUGUCCAAAGGCUAAAGACUGUCAAACAGCUAAUGGUGGGGGUCGAAGUGUGGGUGUGUCUGCGUGUGUUUGUGAAAGCAUGUGAGCCUGUGAGGGCUGCUUCUAUCACAAAAUAAUUUAUGCUGAGUACGUGUGUGUGUGCUUGCGUGUGUGCGUGUGUGUGUGUGUGUGUGUUGAAUUUUUUGGACGUCAGUUACAGUUCUGUGGGUCUGAGGAGAAUACAGUGGUCUCCCUCAGGGCACUGUUAGUGCCACUCUCAUACAGAUGUGCUGGGCUGCCACUGUGUCAGUUUCUGUAUGUGUGUGUGUUUGCGUGUGUGUGCGUGUCUGUGUGUGUGUGUUAUCCUCUAACUGGAAACCAAACUUGCUCCUCAGGGUGUGGAGUUCUUAAUGGUGUUGGAUAUUGCUUAGAUUCCUCAGUUGUGGUUCUCAUAGAAAGUUGGUUUUUGGUGUUUUUCUGUGACCAUUUUGGAUCUGCAUAAACACAGACACUCAUGUCCGAACACAGUUUUAAAAAAGAGAAGAAAACUGUAGAUUUUAACAAACCUAUUAUCCUUUGACUCUCCGUCCCAAAGGUUGUUUGAUCUUCUAUGAUUUUAAAAUAUGUUCAGUUUUAUUUAUACCUGUUUAUAUCUUACUUCUAUAUUUAUGGAAAAAGGAAGUUUAAUCACCAAAAAUGAAAUUCUUAAAAGUCUUGAAAACAGAUUGUAUUUAUAGAUGUGUUUUUCUUUUCUUCUAGAUGUUGAAGAGGAUGAGAGCUGGUUGGUUUCUGAAAAAGACAAGGAGGUAAGAGCCAACGAAAUACUCUAUUUCAAUUUUGGUCAAGUGAUUUUCUGAAAAAUAGGACAUAAAAGGGAGAUGUGUUACUAAUUUGAACAUGAUGGAAAAUGAAUUUAAAGAAGAUUUAUGUGACAAAAUACUAAGUAAGGGGUUGUUUUAUAUCUUAAAAUCUAUCUGAGGGGUAAUGUGUGAUUUCUUACAUGUUCUUGGCUGUUCUUUAUAACAGCUUAAACCUCAUCUCUGUCAUUCAUAAUUCACUGAAAAUAAACUUUCAAUGUAAAUGCUGGUUAAUGGUUUAACUCUGCCUUUUUUUUAUAUAUACAAACAUCACCUCACACAACAGCAGGUGUUUCAUUAACUGUGUGUAUUUCAGGCCCAGAUCUAUAACAGAGACAAGGGUGCCAGGAUCCCGGUCCAGCGGCUGCCACACAGAUACUAUACUGGCAAAAGUGUCCAGUGUAGAAACUGCAACAAGACCGGACAUCUGUCCAAGAACUGCCCUGAGCCCAAAGUCAGUCUCAUAUCUACAACAUGAACAUACUGAUCAAUACAGUCAUGUAAAACUACCAACUGCAUUUGUAUCUUAAAAAAUCUGUGUGUUUGUGUGCAGAAAUUGCUGCCCUGUCUCCUUUGUGGAACCCCAGGCCACACGGUGAGCAGUUGCCCCAAUAGACACUGCAACAACUGCGGCCUGCCAGGGCACUUCUCCGACUCCUGCAGCGAGCGAGCGUACUGGCACAAACAGUGUCAUCGCUGCAGCAUGACUGGACACUUUUUUGAUGUGAGUAUACCAUCCUGUUUGUUUGGACAAAUAUUACCUCAAGGCCAAAAGUAUGCAGGCACACAGAUGUGAGGGUUUUACGACUCAGUCCGAACUCUGAGCAUUAGUCUGCUGCAGCAACAGCCCAGAAUACUCUGGGGAGAGUUUCAGUGAGGUUUGGACCCUGAGUGUAGAGAUUUAUUCCCACUCUGUCCUGAGUGGGGUUGGUUUUGGAUACUAGGACCUCAGUAUGAACCUGACUCAAAGCAGGUAAACACUGAGUCAUGCUGUAUUGACCUCAAAGGAGAGAACAAAGUUUUACAAGAAUAAGAAUUAAACGCCUGACUAUCUAACCAGCACUACUUAUUAACAUGAUUAGAGAGGUAUGCUAUAGUCCAGUGGUCCCCAACCUUUUUUAUAACAGGGACCAGUUUUAUGCAGGAAACUUUUUCAAAGGACCAGGUCGGGGCGUGGAGGUUCCAAUAACAAACCUUCAUCAGUACAUAGUUUGUACAUAAUAUUUAAUCUGAAUACAACAAUUACAUUUUAUAUUAGGCACUUUUCAUUACACUAUAACAUCAGCUCAGAACCCUUUCUCCCAAAGCCCCUUCUCUCUCUCCAGUGAACUCUGUUUCUGGCUCACUUUUGCGAGGGCUAGUUUGUGUCGCUGAUGAAAGUAAAUGACGCGCCAAAGAGUGAAGCGCGAAAGUGAGGCGAUGGCAGAAGUGGUGGUCUUUCAAAGUAAGAUACUCGGAAAACAGAUGAAGACGAAAAUAAUUUAUCACAGGUAUUAUUUUUUGCGGCCCGGUACUGAAUGAUCCAUGGACUGGUACUGGUCCAGGCCUGGUGGUCGGGGACCUCUGCUAUAGUCACUUCCUAUUUAUUGGAGCAAGAACUUCAGUGAAGAAUCAGUGGCAGAAACUUUGUAGGCCAACUUUUAACAGGCAGAAACUUUGAACAGAACCAGACACGUUGGUUCUCAGUCAUCUGCUGGGACUGGAGUAAGAGACGGAAAGAGGGAGAUGGUUCGACAAACACACAGAUAUCCACACAAACAACUCGAGGAGUCCUACUAUUACUACCACCCACCCCCCGUUUUCUGCCCCCUCUCUCCCCCAUUUCCUCCCACGUGAUCAAGAGUGACCGGGGGUCAACACACGCUGCUGUUCACAUUAAUUGAUACACUUCAACAAUUACAGCUUAGUUAUGUCUCUGCCAUGCUGCAUAUUCCAGCUGUGGACGUGUGUGUGGACUGCAGUGUGUGUGUGUGUGUGUGUGUUGGCACUGAAGGGUGAAUCUAAUGACCAUCAAUGACAAUUAUCCUACCGCAACGUUCAUUACCCUGCCCAUUUACACUAAUGCCAUAGAAUGGAAAACCCUGUGUGCAUGUAAGAGCCUACUUGUGUGUCUCCCCCACCCAACCCCCCGCCCCACGUUCUUCCCUCUCUCUCACUCUCUCUCACUCUCUCUCUCUCUCCCUUUCUCUCAACCAUUCAGUCAUGUACCGUGCUCUGUGUAAUGGAUGAGUAACCAGGUGAACACCAGAGGGAGAGGGGAGACCAGGACACACACCGCCCACUUUUUCUCUCUCUCUCUCUCUCUCUCUCUCUCUCUCUCUCUCUCUCUCUCUCUCUCUCUCUCUCUCUCUCUCUCUCUCUCUCUCUCUCUCUCUCUCUCUCUCUCUCUCUCUCUCUCUCUCUCUCACUUCCACUCUCUCUAUCGUCAGGUCUUUUCCUUCUCUUUCUCCAGAUCCCCACAUACAUCAUCCACUCUCUUUGCAUAUUGUUUUAACAACACACUAAGGUGCAAAGUUGUGUGGCAUUUUAAUUACCUUCUCCUGGCACCGCACAACUUUUUUUUUUUUUCCUCAUCGCGCUCACAAAUGAUACUGUACGUGUUAGAGUGUGUGUUUGAGAGAGGAACAGAGAGUCAGGUCUCUGUCCCCUGGGCCUUUCUGUGUCUCUCAUUAAAGACAGACGGUUGACGGAGCGCGAGUGUGUCGCUCGCCUCGCCUGUCGCCCUCGACAACAACACACUACCCCGGCGGUCUGGAGGGAGAGAGCAAACAGGAGGGAACCGGUGUGUGUGUGUGUGUGUUAAUGUGCGUGCGCAUGUGUGUUGAGUAGGAAACUCGACGAGAGGUGGAGGAAAAGAUACAGCUAUCAAAAUUUCCCAUCUCGGUAUUCAAAUGUAAACAUCUAAGAUUAAGCAGGAAAAAGUGGCGUGCGUUCUUCAAAGGUCACGAUUCAAACAAGCAGCCAAGGCCAAAUACUCUUCUCUUAAAUGUGACAAGAAUUUACAUAUUAUGCAAAUCUGUGUAAGAACUUGUUUAGUGAAUUCAAGAAGAAGAACUAAACAGCCUCCGUCACAGAAAGAGGCUCAGAUCUUCCUCCUUCCCCGGCUCCUCUCUCUGUCUCUCUCACUCAGUAGGUGUGUAAGUAGAUAAAUGUUGUUGCCCGCGGCGAGUGCGGCAUUUUCAAUUUCCCUGUGGGAAGUGGCGGCGGUUGGGAAAGGAUGUCAGAACGCUUAAGGAACAGCGUGGCGAAGCUCCGGAGAUAAUGCUUUUUCCACACCGCGACAAAACGACUGACUGCUUCACUUACAGACUGUUUGACUGACUGCAGAGAGUCACAAGGGUGGAAAGGAAACAGUCUGAUGCAAAAUAUCAGUGAAGUACAGGAUUCAUAAGAAACAGGGAAUGAAACUUGGGCGUCUCUAAGCUCCGUCUCUGUGCUCUCUCAUCUUUGCCCAGAUGUAUUUUUAUCACUGAAUCCACUAUAUUCCACUUUAAAUUUUCUAUAUUAUUUUUAUCUGCUCUGUUAAAGUCUUCAUCUUUAAAUUAUAAUAUCAAUUGUUUUCCUUCUCCCUCAGGCUUGUCCAGAGAUCUGGAGACAGUACCACAUCACCGUGAGUAGACCAACUCCAAACUAACACCACUCACUAUCACUAUCUAACCCUAUCGUGAACACUGAACUGAAGCACUCUGACACUUUUUAUUUUCACUUUUUUUUUUGUCAUGUACUUAGGAUAAUCUGUCUUGGGGGAACAGAUGAGUAAUGGGACAAAAUUGCAGUUAACAAAAACCAUUUUUAGUAAAUCAAAAGGUCAGUGUUUUGGUUGAAAGCCCCUGAGUCACUGGCAGCAAGCUCUGAGUAACAAACCACAUGCUUCACCAAUAACAAACCACAGCUGGAGUUUAAAGGCAGAACAAGGCCCACGAUUAUAGCCUCUUUCUCACAAUAAGGAACGACUGAAUGAUCAAUAAAUGAAACAUAAACACAGAAGCGAGCCUCAACGCUGCCUCAGCCAGCAUAUCUUCUGCUUUCCUUGGAUUGCAGUUUCCUUUACUCACCUCUGUAGAGAGACCAAAAAAGACCACGUCUCCUUCGAUAUUUAGUUUUCACCUUCACAUUCAUCAUUGAAGCAGUCUGUAUUAUUAAGGAUUACUUUAGAUUGUCUCAUAUUCUCUGAUAAUCUCUCACUCUGACAGUAUAAACAAAAUCCGAAGCAUUUAUAGAGUUCUGACCAAUACUUUAAAGGUAUCCAGUAUAUUUUUAAAGGUCAGUUGUAGUAGAGUUAAAUGCAAUUAAAUGACAAAAGACUAAGGAAAAGUGUCAAAUUAAUAGCAUCACUGGUUGUUGAUUGGUAUUGUAUGGCUGCCUUGUGGUCGCAGAUCUGAUGCUACACUAUCUGCUUCCUGAUGGCUGAGUAUGUAAGGGGUCUCUUCACAAUUUUCGGUGCUUUUUUUUUUAGACAUGGCCACAAACAAACUUGUAUACAAAACAUCUCCAGUAUGCAUAAGCGAUCUGGAGACACUUGACGCAAACCCGUGCGACUGUGAAACCACACCUCUCUGUAAAACCUACCCCGGAAUAGUGUGAAACUAGAGGAGGAAACAAAUCUGGUUCUCCUUUAAUGACGGCAAACAGCACAUCCACACUGCUCUGCUCACAGCCUGGGACUCCUCCUAGAUCUUUAUAUGCCAAAGCUGCUUCACUGGAACAGAAAAACGAGUCUUUAACAAUCAAAUUAAAUGGUAACAAGUCAGGAGCACCAACACGUGUACAUGGAAACCUGCUCUUACUCUGGAUCACUGAUUAAACAGGCAAGGUCGGUUGAUUUGUGCAAAGAGAGCUUCACACUGUAUAGUAUCUGUUAACUAUAAUGCACAUCUCUGCCUCAAGUUCUGCAUUUACAAUAGAUCAUUACAUUUCAUUCUCUGUUUUUAUAUAAAGGUUAAAUUUCAUACAAAUAGCAAGUGAUUCGGGCUGGGCGAUAAACCGAAAAUUUACUGAUACCGAAAUUUACGACAAUAACCGACGUCAUUCUGCCCGUAUCGGUAUAAUAAAUAAAAAAAUAAAAAAAUAAAUAAAAGUUGGUUUUGGAUGUGUGUAGGUAGGCUAUGGUCUCAUGUCCCUUUAAGACGCUGUCCUACUUCAGAGACGUGACUCCACCCCAUCCAGUCCUUAACAAAGAGGGAAAGACAGGUGAGGAGAUGGAGGACGGAGAGAAAGUUGGAGCGGCUGAAGUAGACAAAGCUUGUGGAGUAGUUAUCGUCCAUUAUUGAGAUGGACUGCUCAAUAUAUCGUGAAAUUGAUUUGAGGCCAUAUCACCCAGCCCUACAAGUGAUGCACGAGCACUUUACAUACUCUUGUUUAUUCUUUAACGAUGUUGAAAAUAAUUCUGGUUUUAAGUUCAUAGAGCGAUCCAGCCGUCAGCACUCAACCUGUGUCAAAAUUGGUCAAAUCCCAGCGGAUGCAGGAGUUCUGCAGAGUCCCAAUUAAAAUCAGACAAAUGUAAAAGAACAAGGUAGUCGUGAUGGAGGUGGUGGUGGAGGUGGUGGGGUUGAGGAGAGGAGGGACUCUAAGUCACAGCACACUCACACUGCCCUGCUUACAGUCAGUGACUCUUCCUAGAUCUUCCUUUUCACAAACUGCUUCACUGAAACAGAAAAAUGAGUUUAACAAUCGGUGACAGUGGAGAGAUAUACCCUUAAAAAUCGUCCGUUUACUUUGGCAUGUAGCUUUUCUGAAAUUCACCUGAGGAAAAUUGUCUUCUUUGGGUACCAUAAAGGUAAAUGUGUCACGCCAUCAGCCGGCGAUCGAUCAGUUUGUUGCAGUUGGUAUUGAACUCACCCUGUGGCAGAUGAGUGAACCAUGGCGGGAAAAUAAAACACCUUAGAAGAUAAAGUGUCAAAAGCGACAGAAACGUUUAGAUCUUUUCAUUUAUUUGUUGCAUUCAUGUUUGAUUUAUUUAUUGACAUCUGUGUGCGCAAAAACAUGUCAAAGAGUAGAAAAGUGUGUGACAGUCACAUGGGCCAAAUGUCAGCAGGGAUGGAUUUGCUUGUUUGUGUUUGCGUGUGUGUGUGUGUGCGUGCGUUUAUUCCAAAUCUGAAAAGAGAAGUGGUUUUCUUGGCUUCUUAUGUAUGCGUAUCUGUGUGUGUAUUUGUGUGUGUGUGUGUGUGUGUGCAUCUAAGCGAGGGGGUGAUAUAGACCUCAGCCUAAGAGAAAAGAGCAGCUUGUUUGUCAAUUAAAAGACGUGAUAAAGCAUGAAAUGGGCUGCCAACACCACUCGGGACGAGGGAGCAGGAGAGAGAGAGAGAGAGAGUGAGGGAAGAAGAAGAAGAAGAGUGUGUGUUUGCAUACAUCUUGGCAUAGACUGUGUGUAUGCGUGUGUUGGGGGAGGUCUGUCACUCUCCUCUAUGGAGAUUAAUUAGCAGGGGCUGUCUAAUGAAAAGGCAGCAUCGUUAGCGCGAGGGUAGCACGGCGGGAUAGACGUAGGAAAGAGGAGCGAGGAGGGGAGGAGGGAGCAGGACGGGAUGUUCCAGGGGAGAUGCUGGCAGAGAGGACGGCAGCCAAGUUUAAUUGUUGCACAAGUGGUGAUGGGGGGAUUCUCUAUAUGUUUUACUGCGAUGGUUUUGUUUUGAUUCGCAGUCGAGAUACGAGAUGUUCGGGAUCCAGGCGGGAGAGCGGCAGAAAGAUUCUUUGGUCACCUCCCAAAAUGAUGAAACCAUCUUUUUUUUUUUUUCGUGUGUUUCCCAGAGUGUUGUGUGUGACAGCGUGCUUUAACGGGUGGAGGAUUGUGACCCAGGUCUAAUUGAAGUAUUUAAGCCAUUUAAGCACUUGGAACAGAAGGUCGUUACACAUCCAAACUGGCAUGGGGUUAGGGGCUCACGUAGACACUAACACACACCUGCACACAGGCAUACACGGGGCUCCUUCUGUUUAAGACAGCCUCAUUUUAUUCAUGAUGCUGCUUAUGACCCUGAACUCCCCAAUGUGAGAAAGUGUGUGUGCGUGUGUCUGUGCGGGUCUAUGUGUAUGUGUAUGUGUAUACCUGUGUGUUUGCUUUGGGAGAUGUGACUCUGUCACCUUCCGCUGGGCUCAGCCAGGUGUGAAAAGGCAUUCUGUCAGACCUCCCUGCUACUGGGUCCAUUUAUCCUUCGUGUGUGUGUGUGUGUGCGCGUGUGAGAGGGAGAGAGAGUGUGUGUGUGUGUGUGCGUCUGUGUGUUGAGUCCGUUUAUCUUUAGUGUGUUGUCUGCCUGCACCUGGCCCUCAACUAACAAACUCCUCCAAACCACAGUAUAGACCAUAAAGCCCUGGGGUAUUUACUGAGAAAGUAAGAUACUGACACACAUGGGCACACACAUCCACACACACAAACACACUCACUCACUUCUACAAAUAUAUAUAGAGCAGUUAGUGAGGUAAAAAGCUUUACGUUUUCAUCUCGCUCUUGUCAUAUAGUUUUAAAUACAUUUUUAUACAACAGUAAAACAAAAAAAAAGGAUUUGCUUCAACAAAUUGUUUUUUUGUGUUUCUUUCUCUUUCACUCUCACACUCACUCACACACACAAACACACACACACAUACGCACACACACACUGGUUUUCCUCCUCCUCUUUGCAUAAAUGUUUGCAGCGUGGGGUUUCUUCUUUCCUGCCGGCCCCUCCUGCCUCCCUCUCUUCAUUUGUUGACUUCUCUUCCACUUUUGCAUUAUGAGUUUCACUCCCUCAGCAUCACUGGGAAACUUCUUCAAUGUUGUGUUUAUCGUUAAAUCACAAAUCUUUUGAAAUCCUACCUCUUAGAUGUAUUCUAGCUGUUAUUAAUUUGAGUGAAACCAUGUAUUAGUAUUUUAACUCACAUAGUCCAGCUAUCAUCCUCUUAUUAGCCUUUAUUUCCCAUAAUGCCAUUGAGCAGGCAAGUUCAUAUUUUCUAUAUGAUUCAAUCAGUUUGGUUAUCUGAGCUUGGCUACUGCUCGCCCAGAUAUCAUCCAUCAUUUCCUCUCUGUGCUCCCUCAAUGUUUGUUAGUCAGUGAAAAAUGAAGAUUUAAGAGAGAAAUAACAGAAAACGGCUUUUAUACGUCGUGGCUGAUGGUAGAUCACUACGCUGGCUGGUGUGUUUUUUUUUAAUUGGCUGAUAAUGUUCAAUGGAGCUGAAAAUGUCAAAUUGAAUUCACAUUUCUGUUAAUCCAAUCAAUGCCAGGAUACCAUUACAGAGAAAGUGACUCAGGAAUCAAUUAAUGUAGGUGUUAAUCAAUUAAUCUGUUUCACUGAUAAAGUUCAAAAAGCAGCGGUUGUCUCACACUCACAGUUACAAUUGUUAAAUUCUGUUUCAUGAAACAAACUAUCCAACGGACAAAUAUGUGGGUUUACAGUCAAACUGAAAAAUGAGAGUCGCCAACAUUUCAGGUUGAACCGGCUUUUGAUUGUCGCAGUUUAAAGACAGAAAUUUUAGUUUAGGAGUUUAAAGUUUCUGUGAUUUCGACAUGUACGGUAACUCCGCACAGUAUUUGUGGAUUGUUAGGAACAGAGAUGGAGAAAAUUAAAACUGUAGGCUUGAAAAUAAAACCAGAAAAAAGGAAGAACUGUGAAGAAGUUGUAUGGAUGGGUUCAAUGAUGGAUGGAUGAAGAAAGAAAGAAAGAAAGAGGAGAAUCCGGGUCCAUGUUGGCUGACCUGCUGUCCUUACACAGGCUUGGUUAAUGCAUGUAAAGAUCAUGCAUAAAUGCAUGCCUUUAUUCAUACAACACACAGAAGUCACUGUGACUUUUUCCUCCUGUUAGUGUUGUCAGGAUGCUGCUAAGCUUGGUUAAGACCAGAGCGCCACCUUAUGACCAGAGGAAGAAGUGCAGGUUCUUUUUUAAACCAGUCAGUGCAUUCGAGAUCUAAAAUAUCCUCUGUAAAAAUUUCAGGACAUAAACAUUCAUCAAGUCUUGCUAAAUGAUCACAUUUCCCCUCCUUUUUUUGUUUGUGUGAACUGUUUAGUUUGUCAGUUUAAUAGUUGAUAUUUGAUUAGAUACCAACCAAGAAAAAACAAUGUGAGAAAGACGAGAAGCAGAGAGGUAAAAUAAGAGGAAGAGAGAGAGAGAGAGAGAGAGAGAGAGAGAGGUGUGGUUGAAAGAGAUUCAGAGGAUAGAAGGAGAGAGAGAGAGAGAGAAGGUGGGGGAGUGUGUUAAAAGAGACAGGGCAAGUGAGUGUGCGCACACAGCAGCUGAUUGGUGCAGGUAGAUCAGUGUGUAAGCAUUGAUUGGCCUCUCUUUAGAUAGUAGUGGUGACACCUGUAUGUGUGUGUUUAUUGAUCGGCGCCUCUUCGCAUGGACUGGAGCUGGGUCUGUGUGAGUGUGUAUCGAACGAAUUGUCUCCUCACAGUGGUAUCAGCGUGUGUAUCGAUCUUUUCCUCAGGGACAGGUGUGUGUGAAUGUGUGUGUGUGUGUGUGUGUGUGUGUGUGUGUGUGUGUGUGUUUGUGUCUCUCGGGUAAAUGUGAAAAAACAGUCUGUGACUUUUUAAUUCAAUACAGAAAUUAAGCCGUUUUAGCCGCUCUCUCUCUCUCCCCAAACUCCAUUUGGUGUCCCCCUUUUCUCACCCAGCUGCCCUUCCUUCUUCUCUUCCUUUCUUGUAUUCGGUACCUUUUGAUACCGUUUGUCUCGUGCUCUUUGUCCAGAGGGUUCUUGGCUGUAUGCUAAUAUUCACACACGCCUUUGUUAACCCAAGGUUAGAACAUUUUGACACUUUAAAUCCUCCUCUUUUAAGAAAAAAAAAAUGUUGAAAGAAGGAAGUCUGACAUUUUAACAAAGUAGAGCUCUUGAGAGUCAGAUCAAAGCAAACAUAAGAGUACAAAUACGCCACAAAAUACCAAGUCUGUACUAUUUAAAUGCUUCAUUUCUGUCAUGGGGUUUCAGACGCAUUAUUAUUUAAAAUUUUUAGAUAGUUGUAAAGCACAAAAAGUACUUGGUUUUCUUUUUGCUUGGACAAUUAUGACUCUCUUUCUCAAAUGAAGUACAUGUGGUCUACCAUGACCUUAGUCUUGUACAGUGAAAUUAAUUAAACAGCAUCAGCAUCACAGUAAACCCCUUAAAUUAACCACAAAAGCCCUCAUGUUAAAAGAUUUAUUAAAAUUACAACUGUGCAAUUUGAUAAAACAGCCUACAGUGUCUUAUAUAUUGAUGUUGCACAAAAUUGGAGCAAUUUUUUAAUCAUUUGCUGUUUUUUGUUUCCAAAACUUUAUCACAGUACAAAGUCCAAAAAGAAACCAAGAGGUUUUUUCUUUGUGGCUCCACUUUUGAGGAUUCUAACCAAUAUUCAAAGCAGCAGAGUUCAAUCCAGUCCUUAUAGCGAAGCAUAUUUUUCCGUAUUUUUACACUUCUCCAGUAUAAAAGUGGUUAAAUAACGGUAGACAACAUGGAGGUCUUACCCUAAACAGAGUUUUUGUGAGUCCAGCUGGAAGAACGGAUUUGUCUCUGAGGAAGUGGCUGAUCCAGCAUCUGUGUAGCAGUCCAGUUUAAGAUCCUCAAAGCAAAAUGUUACAGAGAAAAAACUGAAAUGCACAGAGCUGUUUUUCUCUCUAUCAUUUUUUGGGAGUUAUUUUUAUUUUUAUUUUUUUAUUUAUCUAUUAUUUUUUUUAAAUUUUGUCCCGAUAAUGUAAGUUUUUAAAUCCACACUUUUUCAGACAGCAGAGAAAAAUGAUCAGAGUUAUAAAUCCAUCAGAGUUGAUCUUUUGGUAUUUGAAAAACUGUGCCAUUCCUCACUAAUUUGGCUCAUUUUGCCGUUCAUGUAAGAUGGUUUGUUUUUCCUGUAAGACCACAUGUACUUGCUUCAAUCUGCGACCAAUGUCCAUAUUUUUGCUGUUUUCUUCUUUUUUAAUUGAACUUUCAAUAAAAUUGUAAUUUUAAUUCUGUAAUUCACAUUUAAAAAAUAACACUAAAUGUUUAUGAUUUGCUUUUGUUAAUAAAUGCACGUUGCCCUGCAGCAUAAAGACUUUGCAAACUAAUGAAGCAACACAGAACAUAUUUGCACUAUCACAGCACUGUGUCUGCUGUAAAGGUGUUUAAAAUUUUUGAUAUUCAAAGAGAAAUUCAAAAGCAAAAUCUUUUAUUAAACAUUUUUAUCAACAAGGUCUUUUAAUUUACUUAUUUCGAGCUUAAUCUGUGAAAUGUACAACCCACUGUUGUGAUAGGCUUUGUGAGCACAGCGGGGACACUGUGUUCUGGUUUAUUGUUGGUCCCACUGAUGGGAAAGGAUUCCUCCUGAACUGUGGGACAAAAAGGGUUUUUAAAAAUGUAGUUUUAAGUGCAGUUCAAGAAGAUAAAGCUAUCGGAAAAACGUUAAUUUGUAUGAUUCUUUAUUUUAUUUUUUUUGUAAAAGCAACCCUCUGCUCUCAGAGUUGACCCACAUGAGUCUGGAUUGACUUAUAGAUGUUAGAUGGAUACAGCUGGAUACUAGUUACAGAAACGGACUGCUUUUUUAUUUGUUUGUUUUUUUACUGUGUUGUUUGCAAGUUAAGAAUAAUGACAGGGUACAUGUAUUUCCUCUCUGAUCUCUGGUCUCACUCCAGUAGUUGAGAUCAGCCUCAGGCUUUUGUCAGGCUGCAGGGUUAGAGCGCCCUCCAGUGGUCAUAUAGAGAACUAUAAAGAGGAAGUAUCAAACUGAGAAUAUUUGCAACUAGUUUAACUCGAGUUUUUUUGUGUGGAGUUUGUUGAGUUGGUCAGGCCACUAUUUUUGAUCUACUCAGGGAAAUGAAGUGAGGAGUCUGAAUGUUUCUUUUUAUGCCUGUUUAUUUAAAACUUUUUUACCUCUUUAUCCCUCUUGAGAAAAACUCAAUCAAGUGGCUUUGGAUCUAUUUUCAAAAGUUAGUCACCAAGGAUUAAUAAACUUCGGGACGCUCUGCUACUUUUCAAUGGACUAGCAUGUUUCUUGUUCCCUUGUAUCACCUGUAUUAGUAACUUUGUCAACAAGGGUUUUCAGUUUUAUAGACUAACGAAAUCUAAAUCAAAACACAACUUAGGAUAAAACAGUCACACUGAGUCUAAAUCAUGUAGGAUUCAUUCUUUUUCAAAACACCUACAGCUGAUUGAGAGUCGAGAGAAAAAACUUUUUUAACAAUGUGAUUAAAAAAAACUAACUAGAACUAGAGACUAGAGAAAAAAUCAAAGAAUAACAGAAGAGAAAAUAAAAAGUAGAUUGAUAGAGAAUAUGUAUUCAAUGUGGCGCUGAGGGGGGACAUGUAGUCAUGUACUUGAAGGGUUUUUGAGUCAAAAGGUCACCUAUUAGCUAAACCUCAUAAAUGACCUGUAAUUUAAAUAAUAAUUACCUCUACAGCACUUUCUUCUUCUUCUUCUUCUUCUUUUCUUUCUGAAGUCACAGGUUUAAGUUUCCACCUUUAAUCCACUUCUUUCUCUGCCUUUCACCUCUUUUAUUCUCUUCUCUUACAUUGUGCUCAUUCAGACAGUGCUCUGUAGAAAGCCUUUAAAUCCACAUCUAUUCACUCGGCUGUUUUUGCUGCCUCAUCAUUGUACGGUCCAGUCCUGUCCAGUCCUCUCACCUCUGUCACGUUUAAAGACUCUGAACUCUUUAUUCCCCCUCAGACGUAGACACAGACUGUACAAGAGGUGGUAGAAUCACUUAAAAAGAAACGUCUAUUGUGUGUUUUUUAAUCUCUUUCUAUUGACAGUAAGCGGUCGACAGGACGAAAAGUAAAGACCUUCGUUUGAGAGUAACAUAGGAAGCAAAAGUCAUCGGGGAAGAAGUGCAACAGUAGGCUAGGAAAUCACACACAAGUGUUUGUGAGUGUCCGUACUCUCACAGCUUUAUAUCUACAGUCGAAGUUUAUUCGGAAAUAUCUAACAUGAGGCAAAGCAGAAGUUGACACAUAAAGACAGACACAGGCCAGAAAAAAGCAGUACAAACUUCAGUUGGAGGAAAUAAACAACUAUUUGAGUCACUUUUCAUGCAAACUUGACAAAUUAUCACUGGCAGCAUCUUCUCAAAUGACAUACUUCAAUAAUUUUUUCCUCAUCUUAUUUUCCAUUUGUUCUUUUGAGUUAAAAUGACCUAAAUCUUGUUUAAAUUAUUGUUUAUUCGAUUUAUCCAUAAUAAUAGGGCGGCAGUAACUCAGGAGGUAGAGCGUUGGGCCAAUAACUGGAAGGUUGGCGGUUCGAGCUCCGUCCUAUCCCUAGUCUGUCCGUUGUGUCCUUGGGCAAGACACUUAACCCACCUUGCUCCCAGUGUGUGUCCUCCACUGGUGUGUGAUUGUGAGUGUUGUGUGGUGGUGGUCGCAGAGGCCGUAGGCGCAGAAUGGCAGCCAUGUUUCCACCACCACCAAAGUGUGACUGUGUGAGUGAAUGAAUGAUGUAUCCAAUGUAAAGCACUCUGAGGGUCUCUGAGAAAGCCCUAUAAAAAUCUGAUGCAUUACUAUUAUUAUUAUUAUUAUUAUUAUUAAUAGAUCAUUGUAAGGUCAAGUUUUGUAAUGAGUUCAGACCUUGUAAUGAUGAAAAUGUGGAAUAACAGCAAAGACAGUUGAAGAAAACAAACUAAAAACUAAUAGACAAAAACUCAUCUUUUUCACAUUUCUUUGUAUUUUAAUUUCUUUGCUGUAUUUGUGAAGAAAACACUUCAUUUUGAGUUCAUUCUUUGGUACAAGCGUUUCCACAUAUAUACUGUAUAUGGAUAGCCGUACACACACACACACACGCUCUCUUCCACAGCGUUGCAGUGUUAUCAGCAGUCUGGCAGGUUUUGCAGGUCUUUGUGCCUUUCCGCUCAGCUGGAUUGUGUCCGUUUUUUGUUGUAGAGGCAUUUGUGUGUGUCUGAAAGUGUGUGUUUGUGUGUGACCUGUUGGCUAAAAUGUAAAACUCUGGUUUAACAGGAUGACCAGGGCGCCAGAAAGUCAUUCUCUGAGUGCGUUUGUACAUUAGAAACCUGAAUCCAUGUAUUUCUGUCAGUAAAGUGUUGUCUUUGUCUCACUGGUGGAAAUCAAGUACAUGAAAGAUUUCCACACAGUAAACAUGAAAAAGCCUCUGAACUUUGCAGCGAGUGCUCUGAACAAAAAACGAAUAACUUAGGCGCGGAUUUGAAUAGAUUAGCUUGUAUCCUCUGUUCCGCCUUCCACGGUGUAACCAGAUUACCUCCUGCCCCCUGCCCCAUGAAAAAAAAGGGCUGGGAAAGGGAGGGGGUUCGUCUUCUCUGGUGGUGACAACCAACCGCUGUCCACCCCUCUGCAUCACAUUAUCGUGACAUUCCAGGAGCGUUUCAGGACUCCUUCUGAUUGUGUUCAGACUGAUUGACUGACUGACGAGAGGAGAUAGGACGAGCCUCUGGGAAUAACACUGUGAGCGUGCGAAUGGAUGUUAGUGAGUCCUCACAGGGCGCAGGGUUACGGCUUUGGUCUGAGGCUUUGUAAACCGGCAGACACAAAGAGGGGGGGGGGCAGGAUCCACAUCUGGUUAUUUGGAGAAACCCCCUCCUCUCCUCUCCCUCCUCUCCUCUCCCUCCUCCUCCCUGACUGCGUACACACAUCCACACCUCCACCUUGAACUGUCUCCUAAGUACGAUUAGAUGUUUGUCCAGUGUGAGUAAACACUAUGAUUAAAAUUUUAACCAUUUUGGAAAUAAAUAAGGAUUCCCUCACGAGAAUAGACGGAUUAAUGGCUCUGUGGUUUAUUUUUCUUCACCUUGUAGCUGUUUCUCAGCUGUCUAAUUAACCUGAUAUGUACAUACUGACAUGUUGCACACACAGACACACACACACACUCAGGGCUCUGUUUGUUUUGGUAUGAGACCGGUUGUGUUGUCAGGUUGUUUUCUAUGAUAAAGCAUGCAGAGAUGGUCCCCUGUGGCUCCAGUAACAUAUGCAAACCUCUCCCCAACGCUGCAACAUAUGCAAAACAGCACCACCCUGAGCUCCCACCACCCGUUACUCUGUAGAUCAGCUCCCCACCACCUCCAACACACAAGCCUGUUUGCCUCUCGGAUUGUGUUUGAUAACUGUGCCUAAGUGUGUGUGUGCGUGCGAAUGUGUGUGUGUGUGUGUGUGUGUGUGUGUGUGUGUGUGUGUGUGUGUGUGUGUGUGUGUGUGUGUGUGUGUGUGUGUGCGAAUGUGUGUGUUCCUUCCGAUUGUCGUCUUUUAACAGUCUGAGCUCCGUGUUGGCCAAAGGAUUAUCACAGCUUUGCCACCAGCAGCCAAGGCAAAGAGCAAAGAAGAGCACAGAGAGACACAGUGUGUGUGUGUGUGUGUGUGUGUGUGUGUGUGUGUGUGUGUGUGUGUGUGUGUGUGUGCUGGGACAACUGUGGGAAACACAGUGUGUUUGUGAGUUUUUGUGCGCGUAUGUGAGCAUGUGAUUCAAGCAUGAGAGGCCACGGAGGCUGGCUGUCUUCGUCCACCUAGCGAGGCCCUUAAAACCAUUUCAAACAACCUCCUCCACACAACAGCAUCAUCAUCAUCAUCAUCGUCAUCAUCAUCGUCAUCAUCGGUUGUCUUCCGGCAUCAGUCCUCUCGCCGGUUGGCAAAGUGUCUCUGAGCAGCUGGAGAAGCUCCAGGUCGUAUCAAUAAGUGGCGGGCCAAAUUGGGAUCCCUCUUGCAGUCUUAGCGCUAAAAAAGAGGAUUAGUUUAAACACACAAAAGUGUUUUUUUAAUGCAGUCAUGCCAUCACAUGAUCAAGAACAGGAAAGAUCUCUAAGAGUAAAAUGGAAACACGCCUGAUAUUCAAACCAAUAUGUACUUUCCAACAUGAGUAGUAAAAGUGAAAGCAGGUCAGACAGGGUUCAUGUGAUCUAAAGUGAAACGGGAAACAAUCAUAAGUGCUUUGGAUUCAGUUUCACAAUGAGAUUUUACUCCAUGACAGGACUGCUGGGAAUCACCUGAAAGCACAUCACAUCAACAAAGUACGCAGAUAAUUUGACUAUUAAUAACAUGCUUUCAAGAUCAAGAUCAAGAUCAAGAUUGCUUUAUUUGUCUUUUACUUUUCCAUCUGCAAGCAGUGUCAGAAAAAAAUAAACGAAAUUAUGUUUCUCCCAGUUUGAGACAGGAAUUCAUAAAAGAAUAAAACAAUAAAACAAACUGUGCAGAAAAACCUCAACUAUAUCUAAAACUGGAUAAUAAACCUAAAAUUAUUCAUUAAAAAAGUACCCCCAGUUCAUAUACUAAGGAGCUUUAUAUUUACAGUAAAAGUCCACAUUAAUAGACAUUUCUGUUCAUGUGCUGUUUAAGUCAUAUUGGCCAAUUUUUAGCUACAGUCUCUGUACAGGUGGUAUCUACAAAAUCACACAUGACGAAUUAAAUCCAGGGUUUUUUUUUUUAUUCCAGUUCAGUCACUGAAACUAAUUGUUGAUUGUGAUUAAUCAUAUUUUAAUCAUUUUAAAAUGUCAUUAUCUUGCAUAAUUAAAAUGAUUUUAAGCACAAACUAUCAAUGUUAGGCAGAUUUCUUGAUUCAGGAAUCAAAUAGUGCAAUAAAAUGUAAAAAAAAAACAUCUAAAAUAGGGCUGAGCGAUAAACCAAAAAUUUACCAAGACCGAAAUUUAUGACAAAAACCGACGUCAUUUUACCCAUACCUGUAAAUUCAGUGUAAAAAAUUAAUAAUUAAAAGUUGGUUUUGGAUGUGUGUAGGUAGGCUAUGGUCUCAUGUCCUUUUAAGACGUUGUCCUACGUCUACGUGACUCCACCCCUUCCAGUCCAUAAGGGCGGUUCAAAAGUUGUAGCGGCUGAAGCGGCAGCUGAGUUAGACGAAGUUAAUGUUAGAGGAGGUGAGCAGCUUGUGGAGUAGUUAUCGUCCAUUUACCGUUAUCGAGGUGAACUGCUCAAUAUAUCGUGAUAUUGAUUUGAGGCCAUAUCGCCCAGCCCUAAUCUAAAAUACAGUGAUUUUUAAGAAUAAUACCAACAGGUUGAGAAGUGCAAUAGUCCCAGGUUAAUGCGCCAGUAUUUGAAUUUUCCAGGACUUCCAUUUGGUCUGCUUACUCUGUUUCAUAAAAGUUCUGUAUGUGUGAAAUGCCACCCUGAGAAAAUCAGAUCUCUGUGACGCUUGAAUUCAGUGUCGGUGUUUUUCCUCGAUCAAAAACAAAGAUCUGAUGAAGUCACAAAUUGGUGUAUUUGAUUUGUGGGGCUUAUUUACUCCAUUCCUGAUCACAAUGUGUCACCUCAAACUAAUUUAAGUUUGUUUCUGAGCCAAUCCUGAAUGAAAGAUACCAAAGCAAAGCUACCUGAAAAACCUGCCUGUGUGUUUUAUUGACUUUAGUGCCCAGCUACACUCUCUAGGACUCCUCUCUAAACCCCUGAGAAAGAAAGAGAAAGACACCAAACUGAUAUGAUCCCUCAGGCCCUCACCCUGCUGGCAAUUUAGAUAACCCCUGAUAAGAGGUGCUGGGAGGAAACAGCGAGAGAAGGAGGGAGAGAGAGAGAGAGAGAGGGAUGAAGGUUCCUCCAGUUAAUUAAUAUUGUAUGAGGCCGACAACUCUUCACACAAACGCACGCAGACUCACUUACACACCAGGUCGUCAGACAACUAUCGCAGGUUGAUGAGAGAAUAAGAGGGGAUUUCAUUUCUUCUUCUUCUUCUUUUGUACGUGUGUGUGUGUGCUGGAUCAGAGUGUGAGGAGAUAACACAAACCCAAGGUCAGAGACAGAGGGAGACCUACAGCCAAUUUACAUGAACGAUGAAUGGGAUGAGGGGCUGGAAGGGUGGAGGUCUGGGGGGGGAGCUGAGUUAAGGGGGGACUGUGAUCUCCUUGGAGUGCAUGUGUGGGUGUGGGUGGGUGUGUGUGUGUGUGUGUGUGCAAGCUUGCAAGGGGUCUGUGAUCUCCUGGCCUUUGUGAUGGAGAUGGGCCCGGCCGGCCUGACCCGAUAAUGACGCGACGCUCUAAUAGCAUUCAUCCUUUCUGCUGCAAAACUACUCAAGCGGAAAAAAGAGAGAGAGGAAGAAGAGAGACAGAGAAAGUGCAGGGGAGGAGGGGGGCAAGUGUGAGGGGUGGAUGUAGGGAUGAAGGGGUGUGUGAGGGAAAGAGGGAGAAAGAGGGUGAGCAGGAGGAGGAGGAGGAGAGAAGGAGGUUAGCUAAGCUAUGUUUAAGAAAUGACGCGAGGCACAAACCAUUUGUAAUCUCUGAAUCAGGGGUGAGAGACAAAGGAGGGGGCACAUUUGAGAUAAAGGUGUGUGACGCUGUGUGUGUGUGUGUGUGAGUGUGUGUUUUAGAGAAUAGCAUUAGGUGGUGUGUUUGUGUGUGUGUGUAACAUUAGCAGUAAAUGCACUGUGCCUGUGUCUCCUCUCUCUCUUUAUCAGUGUAUAUUUGCUGUGCGCGCUGGAGCAUGGAAGCCUUUUAGAACACUGGCCCAUAGGGGACGGGACCCUGUGUCCAACACACACACACACACACACACACUGAGCAGUCACUUAUCAUACAGGGUCAUUACAGGCCUCUAACUAUAGCCUGGUAAUCAGUGGUUUAUAUCAGAACCCAUAUUCAGCGCACAAUCCAUGAUCAAUAGAGGUAGCAAAAGAGCGCAUGGGAAUGUUGGGAAUAGAAGAGAGAUAACUGGAGAUUAAUGGGACAUGAAACCUUUGCAUUUCUAUAGAGAAACUUUAUACAUUAACCUUUUGAAGCUUCAGUUUUCUGGUAACAACCUCCUCUGAUCUUCUCUGUGUCCGUAGACCAAACCAGGUGUUCCUGUUAAGCAACAUGGAGAGGACCAGGGCAAAAAUCCAGCCUACUGCUAUAACUGCUCCAGGAAAGGACACUUUGGAUAUGUGAGUUUCUCUCUCUCUCUGUGUCAAGUUUUCAUUUUACAACCAUGUUAUUUAUGUGCUCACCUCCAUGUAUUUAGAGAGGACAAACCAAACGCUAGCUCCAGAGGAACGUUUCCCUGUUUCUCACAGGUUUUUGCAACUAUUUUGGAAGGAGAGGCUGACAGAAACCACUAUGUCCCCAUCGCCAAAUAUCUAAUAAAUUACACACACUCUCUCUUAAAGGGAUAUUCCAGCAUAAAAUUUAGUUAGGGUCAAACACACCUGAACACAGAGUUAGACACCCCGUCGAGAAAUGAAUGUUGCAGACCGCUUGCUUCUCUAGUUAAAACAGUUUUAGUAACGAUCACAAGAUUGCAAUACACAGCGGUCUCAAGAGUCAUGCACUCUACCAAAACACCACUCUAUAGCCACAAAUAAUGCUCAGAACAGCACCUAACUUCAUCAACAGGACAUAUAGGGUCACAGUCACAGCACUAGACACCAAACAUCUUUUUAUCUUUGCCUGAUUUCUUUAGCAAAGAGACUAAACACAACUCACCUACUCUCUUCCAGCAGCCGCUUGUUUGCACAGAGACCUCGGGCCAGUCAAAACUGACUGCAGCGGGGUGACGCAGCUCAAGGAAGAACAUUUAUGAUCAUGACAUUAUUUGUGUCUAUAGAGUGGCGUUUUGGUUGAGGUUUGUUUAUGGCUCCUCAGACCGCUGUGUAUUUCUAUCCUGCGGUCGUUAUUAAAGUUGGUAUAACUAGAGAAGAAAGCGGUCAGAAACAUUCAUGUCUUGACGGGGUGUCUAACUCAGUGUUAUGUUGUGUUUGACCCUAAAUUAAUUUUAUGCCAGAAUAUCCCUUUAAUUACAGUGCAGCUCAUCAUUUGUCUUACAGGGAUUUGCUUGAGCAGCCGUACUGUAAGCUGUAACACAUUUUCUGUUUUCCUCAGGCGUGUACUCGACAGAGGAUGUUCAACGGGACGUAUCCCAGCACCCCGUUCAUCAACCACUACGACACCACAGAGGACAUUAAUCGCCGACAGCACAGGAUCAAAAUGAAGAUAAAAGGUAGAGAUCAGACAGGCAUUAACGGCAACUCAAAUAAAUGAUUUUUACAUUUGUCACCUCUCUAUUAACUGAAGCCUUCAAGGGAUAAUCAAACCAAGGUGUCUGUCAACCAUAAGACGGUAACCAGAUCCUUUUAUGGAGCAGGGUUUUUGUUAUUUAUUACACAUCAUGACUCCGUGUCAAAGAUUAGAUUUUCAGAGAGUAGUUUCAUUUGAACCACUCUCUUAAAAUCGAAUCUCGGUCCUUAUCAUUUCAGGCUACAUUUGAAAGUAAUAGAAGUCUUUGUGUUUGUGUUUUCCACAGAACUGAAGCAAAAUGGCCUCCUCCCUCUAAGUAUUGAGACCCCUCUUACUCCAGGACCCCCAAAGAAGAAACAGAAACUGAGCCAUCAUAAAAACGACCACAAGUCUUAUCAUACACCUCACCAAAGCAACAGCAACCACAAACCAAGUAAUAGUCACUUCUAUUUUGAUGACAACCUUGACUGUCGGGCAACGGUAGUCAAAGCAAAGAAGUACCGCUUCAAACAACAGGAAAGCACCAGUAAUGUCAAACCAUGGAAGCCCAAAAGACCUGUGCCCACCUCAAGGGACCCACCACCCAAACUGAUCCUGGAUGAAGCAGUUGACUUCCCAAGAGGCGGAGGCACGGAAAAGCCCGUACAGAUGAAGAAGAGGGGGAAAAGAGUGAAAAAAAGCAAGCAGGUUCCCUCAGGGCCACCAGGGGGACAUGGACACAGCAGAGUUCAUCACCUGUUUGGGACUGAAAGAGGAGAGAUGCAGGGUUCGAGACAAGAGAAAGGAGAUAAGAAGAAGAGGAGGAGGAGAAAUCGAGGAAAGGGGGACAAUACCAAAAAUACACAGAUGUACCCGACAGAUGAGAACUUGUUUAUCAUCAAACAGAGAAGGAAAAGGAGCAGAUAACAUUUUGUGUGAAGUCAGGGGCUGACAGGACCUUUAUUUUCAUGACCUACAGUCUGUGUUCAGGACCUUACAGACAAGUCCGACGUCUUCUAGACUCAGGUUUUACUGAAAAAUAGUAAAAUUGCCAAUGCUGCGUUAGAGGUUUAGGAGUUUUCUUUUUUCAAUUGACAGUUUAAUGUGUCACAGUCAGAAAAGCUCUGGUGCCAACACUAAAAUUGAUCUGUUUCAGUCUCAAAUCUCUUUUUAAUGAAAGUUAUUGUCAGUACGCAGUUUAUAAGAGACCACAAAUCCAAAAGCUCUGCUUGUAUAUUCCAAACUUUGACAAAUCAAAAAGUCACCUUGUGGCUAAUAAUGAAACAGAGGCUUACCUUAAAGACAGUUCAUCAUUCAUCAUGAUUAUAUGGUCAAAUAAUUUAUCAAUACUGCUCUGUGACUUGAUCACUUAACCUGCAGAUCUGACAGUAUUAAUAACUAUCCAUCAACAAUAUUCUAAUGGAAUAUGUCUUUGCAAUGUUAGGAUGAAAACAAAGUCAAAGAAAGUCCAAAUUACACCAGUUUCUUUUUUUUUCAUAAUUACCAAAUCCCUGGGAAAAUUGCAGUUUUAAUCCGACCAGUAGGUUCUGUCAACCAGGAGGAGAAAACAGCAACAACAGAGUUUUACUUCUAACCUGAACUGAUUCCACCAAAUGUUGGCAACUUCAAAUUGUUAUAAAAUAGUGUGUGUAUCUAUUAAAAUGGUCUAAUAAAGAUAAUUUAGCCCCAGUC